GGGUGGCCCGGUUCUUUUGACAGCUUAUUCGUUUCUUUAAGUGAUGGACAGGAAACAUGACCAGUAAAAAGAAAAAAGAAAAAAAGCAACUUGUGAGCUGCGGGGCGGGGACCGAGCUCCUCAGGUCUCCAUUGGUUGUGAGGAGAGCAGAGGCGGGCGCCGAAUGACAGGGAAGGCUACCAGUUAGAACGCCGACCGGAAAUGGGCGGAGCGGGCCAACGCUGCCCCUACCACUGCCCGCGGGCGACGGUUUUGCUUUUCUUAUUGGUCCUGACCGAUGAGUGACAACCCCUCCGAGCAAUAGCCGGCAGUGGCCGGCAGAAAUAGGGCGGGGCGGGGCGUCGCCUCGCCGAGGCCGGAUGAGGAGAAUCCGAGGGGGGAAGUUUUGGUGGUUGUUGCCUGGGGUUGUGAGAGGAAGCGGGGAGGUGCGCGCGCCGGGGGGAGGAGGAGGGGAUCUGUCCCCCUCCCACCUUAGGCCGUUGCUAUGGGCAACCGAGGAAUGGAGGAGCUCAUCCCGCUGGUGAACAAGCUGCAGGACGCCUUCAGCUCUAUCGGGCAGAGCUGCCACCUCGACCUGCCGCAGAUCGCCGUGGUGGGCGGCCAGAGCGCGGGCAAGAGCUCCGUCCUCGAGAACUUCGUCGGCCGGUCAGUCAGUCAGUCAGUGAAUCGUGCGUGUGGGGGGAGGGGGGCUUUGCGGGGAGGAAGAGAGGGAAACGCAAACUGCGCAAGGGAGGCUCCCUCAGGCAGACCAGCGGCGCGCGGCGGAGUUUGCGGAAAUGAGUUCCGAGAAUGCCGGGCUCGCGCUCUCCUCAGCUCGCUUCUGCCAUAGAGGCGGCCUCGGCCCGGGAACAGCCGCCCGCCCGCCCGCCAAAAACUAGCCCCUCUCCGCUGGUGAGGCGAAGAGGGAAAGGGCCUCUUCCCCGCUCUGAGACCCCUCUCUGCCCCAUGGAGCCGAAAGGGGUCGCGCGUGGGGUCGGCCCUCGUGAAGGUGGCUUUGCGCCUGGCGCCAUGGCCGGCGUGUGGGCCACCUGCCUUCUCGCCUCCCGCUCUGCUGGGCGAGUGUGGGGAGGGGUCGGACCCGCGAGGCCUCGCGCUGCCCUCCGCCCCACACACCUUUCCGGGUUGUGCCGGGUAAACUCUGUCGCCUGUGCUCCGGUGACCUCUAUUGGGGAGCUUGGCUGCUCUUAAUGGGGUUACACUCCCUCUGAAGGAGCAGGUACACAGCUCGGGGGUAAUUCUAGGUCCUUUGCUGUCGCUUGAGACUCAGGUGGUCUCAGUGCCUUCCAUCAGCUUCGGCUGGAGGCCCAGCAGUGCCCCUGGAUUUGGACAGGGAUAGCCUAACUUCUAUCGUCUAUUCUGUGGUAACCUCCAGGUUAGAUUACUGCAAUGCGUCCCACGUAGGGCUGCCAAUGAAGACUGUCUGGAAACUAGCUGGUGCAUAAUUCGGCGGCCAGGUUGCUCAUCGGGGCAAGACUGUUUGAGCGUAUUACAUCGAUCCUGGCCCAACUGCACCGGCUGCCAAUUAGUUUCCCAAUUCAAAGUGCUGGUUUUGACCUAUGAAGCCUGAAACGAUUCAGGAAUGCAAUACCUCAAGGACCACCUCUCCCCCACAUGAACCUACCUGUACCCUGCAAUCAUGAGGCCGUUCUUUGUGUGCCUUCCAACAUGAGAAUGGGUCUUUUUUGCAGUGGUUCCCCAUUUAUGGAAUGAUCUCUCCAAGGAAGCUUGCCUGGCACCAUUGUUACAUAUUUUAGGUGCCGGGCAAAAACUUUCUUCUUCUACCAAGCCUCUUGCUAUUUAAACAAUCUAUGGCCUUUUAAACUGUGGGUGGGAGGUAUUGCUUUUGUUUGUUACUAUGUUAUAUAUAUAUAUAUGUGUGUGUGUGUGUGUAAAUAUAUACACACACACUGCCGUCUGAUCUUUGAAUGAAGGGUGGUAUAUAAAUUUAAUAAAUAAAAUAAUAAAAUAAACUGCAGGGUAGUACUUGAAAUGGGUGGAACAAUUGGUGAUUCUGCUCUUGUUGCCAUUGUAAUUAUUAUUGUUUACCUGCCUUUCAUAGGAUCAGAGGGCUGGUUACAUAAAUACAAGAUAAAUAAGUUUUAAAAACAAUAGCAACAAAUUUACAACUUAGCAUCUUUCCUAGGAGAUCUUUGCCUGGUUUGUAACAUCCAUGAGCCCCUCUUGCAUGAAAACCCAUCAGAUUCCAGGUUUCUUUGGGGUAUUGCUAAAUGUAAAAAAUUUCAAGCUGCUAGACAGCUUAUGACUUGCAAGGGUGGGGGAGGUUACACCUGUCUUUCUGCUUUCUGUGUAAUGGUCUCACAGAUAAGGAUGUAACACAGUAUUAUGUCGGCCUUCCACCUGCGCACUUUUGUGCCAUAAAGAACAGUUAGCAAUAAGUCUUGCAGACCACACUUUUGCUUUCUGCUGUUGCUUAGUUUUACACAUAGCUAACAAGUUUCUCUCUUUUGCUCUUGCAUAACACAUUUGGAAUUCAGAACAUGAAUUCUGUUCCUUAUUUUUGUGUGCAAGAUACAUAAAAGUGACCCAUAAUUUCAGAAAUAAAUGCACAAUAUCUUAUUAACCACUAGGUAAGCCAUUACAUAGUAGGUCUGCUAUGGACUGGGGUGUAAUGGAUAUAUUUUAGCAAAGCCAUAUACUUUGUACCUUAGGUUGCACAGAGCCGUGCCAUUUGGGUUAAAUGUUCUGUCCUGAGCUCUGUCUCACAGCUGUCUUGAUAGGAUAGUUAUUUGAAGAACAGAAUUACUUUGCUCAAUAUACCACUUUUUCUUAAAGGCUCAGAGUAAUCUGUAACAUAAAAUAUAAAAUGAAAGAUGGAAAAUAAAACAUGUCAUCAAAAACAAUUAUUUGACAGCUGAUUCCUCCUUCCAUGUCCCUGAGCGUUGAUUAAUCCACUGCCGAUUGCACACCCUAUGGAUGUGGCAUGGCAUGGUGCUGUCAAAUAGACUACUGUGCUAGACAGUCUGUUACACAAAAUGAUCUAAACAAAAUCACCUCUAAGCAAUAGACUUGUUAGUCUGUUGCAGCAAGCAACACCAUUUUCAAUGUACCACAAAACACAAACAGGUCUAUUGUGAUGUAAUAUUCUACUCUAGACAUUUUUACCUAUCCUUAAAACAUGUCUCCAUGGUACAUGAGGAUUAGCAGUGACAAUGACAGUGCUUUUAGUCGAAACAAAAUAAAAAAAUUCCUUCCAGUAGCACCUUAGAGAUGAACUAAGUUUGUUAUUGGUAUGAGCUUUCGUGUGCAUGCACACUUUUUCAGAAAUCUGAAGAAACAAACUUAGUUGGUCUCUAAGGUGCUACUGGAAGGAAUUUUUUUAUUUUGUUUCGACUACGGCAGACCAACACGGCUACCUACCUGUAACUAGUCUGCUUUUAACCCCUGAUAAGCAGCAGAACAGCCUAUGCUAAGAAAGAGUUUCUUAUGCUUGUCUUUGCUACCCCACCCAACAUAUAAUGGGUGUUUUGCUUGCAUUAAAUAUUAGUGACUGAUAGCUCUAUGUACAAAUUCAUAGUGUAUAUUAUUGCUCAAUAGCAUUUCUGUAACACAUAAGAUGAGAUAUACCUUCUCAUAUGAUGAUACCAAUAGUAAUGACUGUGAUUUGUUUUGUCCUGCAACUAAUUUUAAUGUGCAGUAUCUACCUGAGGACCCAGAGAUAACCCGUCUCACACCUUGGAGGAUUCUACCUUUGAAACUUUAUGCUAAAAAUUUUUCUGCCUUGGGGUUUCUUAGCUGCUUUUCAUUUGCUUUGUCUUCACAAUUUGCCAUUUAGGAAUUGCUUUAAAGUGUGAUUAGGGAGCUAUAUCUCAGGGAUUGUUUCCCCCUCACUCCCAUUCAUGUGUAGAGAAAAAAAAGUCCAGUAGCACCUUAGAGACCAACUAAGUAUGUUCUGGGUAUAAGCUUUCUGUGUGCAUGCACACUUCUUCAGAUACCUGCAAGCACACUUCUUAGUUGGUCUCUAAGGUGCUACUGGACUUUAUUUAUUUAAACUGCAUCACACCAACAUGGCUACCUACCUGAAUAUGUAGAAAAUGUUACUGAAAUGUGAUUGUGACAGAAAGGGAGCACACAUUGGUCUGAAUGUGCUUGGUGAACACUGAUUUGAACAGCCUUAAGUGAUGGUGGGGAACUUCGCCCAGGUCCUCCAGGCUUCUCUAGCCAGAUUGAACUCUCCCUCCUAGGCCAUCUCUCUCCCCAAUCCAUGUCUCCAGUCCGCUCACUAGUGCUGUUAUGCAUUUUCCUUGAGUGUUUUGCUGUCUAGAAUGUGUCCUCGAAGUAUGAUAAUUACCUUAUUUUUCGUCCCAUAGGACGCACCUAGUUUUUUGGGGGGGAAACAAAGGAAAAAUUCCCCCCUUUAUUUCCCCCCCAAAACCAGGUCGAGGAAACCAAACCAGGUUGGGGAAUAGCGGGAUGGCGGCGCUGCGCCUCCCUGCUGUCUCCCAAGCUUGUGGGGCUGGCCGAUGUCUGCCCGAAGUGCGGGGCGCUCUGCUUCAGCGCGCUCCGUGCAGCAGGCUGCUAUCCGCAACCUAGGGAGCCCUGCGGGAACUCUUGCAGGGCUCCCCAGGCUGCGGAUGUCUGCCCGGCGCGCGGGGCACUCUGCUUCAGGGCGUCUGCGCGCCGGGCGGCAGGCUGCUAUCCACAGCCUAGGGAGCCCUGCGGGAACUCCCGCGGGCUCCCCAGGCUUGCUGAUAGCUUCCUGAAGCCUGGAGAGCGAGAGGGAUCGGUGCACACAGACCCCUCUCGCUCUCCAAGCUUCAGCGAAAGCCUGUAUUCACCCCAUAGGACGCACACAGAUUUCCCCUUCAUUUUUGGAGGGGAAAAAGUGCGUCCUAUAGGGCGAAAAAUACGGUACUCUUGUUUGCCUUGAUGUAGGUGCAUGUGUAGAAACCUGGCUUUAGUAUGGACGGAGUGUAGCAUACUGUAAAAAUUACAUGCAUUGCCCUCCUACUUCUGCAUUUUGCCCAUGAGGAAAUGCAGUGAUCAAACUAUUUUAAACAUUUUUCAGUGGAAUUGGUGUUCUAAUAUACUGUACAUCAGUCACUACCAAUGACUAAACAGCUAUAAUCCUGGGUGUAUAUUUUGAUUCAGUAGUGAAUUCCUUGCCAUAAUCAUUGCACGUAAAACUUUUUAUAUUGACAUGAGACCAGUAUCUGGUUUUCUGGAAGAUGUGGAGCAAGCAUCUGAAUCUACCUGAGUCUUUAGAAAACCAGCUUGGUGUGAAUUUUUAUCACAGAGUUCAUCACAUGUACUCUUCUGUGAACAGUUGUGAGGGAUGCAGCCUAAUGAGUGAGAUUGCAUUUAAUAAUGCUGUAUUUCAACAGUGAUGCUAAAAACUGCAAUAACUAAACUGCAGUCAGACUCAUGAAGGUGGAGUCAAAGAAGUAGAACAAAGCCUCAAAUCCCCACCUGCUUUUGAAAAAGUACAUCUAAUCAGAUAUGUCUUCCCUCUCCUGCAAUAAAACAUUUCAGUUUACUAAAGUCAUUUCAGUUUACUAAAGCUAUUGUAUGUACUAGCUUAGGUUAUCCUUUAACCAAGCAUGUUUAUAACACGUGUUGAAUCUAUGGAAAUUUCUGAUGGUUGCAGGCUUGGGUUGUCUUUGAUGUUUCCAUGAAUAGGUGUCAUUGUCAGAGUGCAUAUUGAUGCUGACAAACAGGAGAGCCUCUUCUGCUUUCAGUUGAUCUGAUGCAACACAGUUAGAGAUCUGGGAAAAUGUAUUGCAUAAAGUGACUAUUACAUAGUACGGGAUACUUUGGGGGCUCUAUAGUCCUUUCCCCAUACAUAUCUGAAUCCAAAUUUUAAGUGUGCACUAAAUUUACGUAACAUUUUCUUGUUUAUAUUCUUGCCGCACAAGUUCUUAUUCCUAUUGCUCCUUGCUAGUGACCAUUUUGCUGGAGGUUUUCCCAAAAGUUCAAUACAGCUUGUGACAUACAAAUUAAAAACAAUGGGAAAACACAAUAAAACAAUUGAAUAGGGUCAACAAGAAUAUCUUAUUCUGGGAAGCAGGUCAUUACUAGUAAGUAGCGUUGUUGAUAUAACUGUCAACAAUGGGAAAUCAUUCUUUUGUAUUUUAAGUACCCUGCUAUUCUGUGGUUGGUUAUUUAAAGUAAAACGGUAGCCGGGAGGGUGGGAAGCUUGGCCGUGUGCACUAACUGGCUUUCAGCCUCCAUGAAGUUUUUCCAUUUUGUAGAAUAAUUUGUGUUGUUGGAUGCUGAAUGCAUUGGACAACAAAUACAUAGCAAAUGUUCUGAAUUUUCAAAGAGAAUGUCUUCGUAGAAUCUUCAUCUUAAAAGUGUCAGACCUCAGUUUUUUCCAGCAGGUUUUGUAAUGGUUUUAUCUGGAAGCUACUGUUGACAAGUGUUUCAUCACUUCCUUUCUUUUUGUCUAUCAUGUAGGAAAUUGUUCCUUGAUAACAGACUGAUGUUGUUGGUUUGCUUUUUUACUUAAUUGACUGGGUAAGAAAUAUAAAUCUUUAUGUAGUUUUACCUUAGGACUUGGCUGUAGACCAGGUGGUGGAACCCUUUUCUGCCCAGGGCCGUAUUCCCUGAUAGUGGCAGGCCAAAGUAGACAAAACAACAAAUGUGAAUCGUUUUUACACUAGGCUUCUUCACACUCUCCUCCUAACAUUUCACCCAGACAAGAGGCAUUUUCAGAGUUCAAGGACACAUUCCAGUCAAUGAUGGCUGUGAUUUGGGGAGACUUUUGGGAUCCAAACAGAGAGGCCUGGAGGGCCACAUGUGGCCCUUACAUCUGAGGUCCUCCACCCCUCCUGUAGAUAGUAGAUUUUAUGGUGUGUUCUUGGUGGAAGCGGAAGCAUGUGGAGUGAUGUGUAGCAGUCCAUAGAUUUCUAAUGUAAAGCAGUAUCAUUAUAUAUCUACAUAACAGUGUUCAGAAAGUGCCCCUGUUGCAUGGGCCAGUGAUGAAUCAUUGAACCAAUGAUGCUUUCAGAGGCUGUAACUAGUGGCUGGGGCAUAAGAUUAAUGGUACCAUUAUGGUAAUUGCCAUUUUGAGACAGUGCAAAUUUUCUUUAAAUCAGGGGUGGCAAAUCUACAACUGCUUCCAUUGACUCACCAACCCUUUCCCUAAUAAGACAUCCCUUUCUUUCCCUCUCAACUUACCCUGCAAAAACCAUGUUGUCAUUUUCUGACGUGGUGGCAUUGCAUGAAGGUCUUUUGUCUCUACUAGCAGUGGUGCCAUGCCUGAGGAAGAAGAGGUGAUUUUGAAGCAUAAGUUGAGAGUUUUGCUUUUUAUUUGCAGUGCUGCACUUGGUCACAUCCACACUGCUAUGCAGCUUUUAGAGGGUUAGCUAAACUUCACUGUGACUUUGAGCUGAAAACAGUGAACCACUCAUGCUGUACACAGUCAGCAGUGCUAUUACUUGAUAACGCUUUGGCAGAUGAUUACUGCUUAAUACUUGGCACCUUCAUUUGUAAUCUUUUAAGAGCCUAGUUGCUACAGAUAAAACUUGUAAAUCGUGUUUGUGUUCAUGCUUUGGUGACUAUACCAGAGCUGUUAGUAUUUCAUGUUUCUUAGGUCGUGGAUACACCAUUGGUAUGACUCUGCAUAAGGCAGCUUUGUAUGUUCGAUUUCCUGAAAGUCUGCCUUUCUUAAGAGGAUUGGUCACUUCCUCUAGGAAGUGGAACUGCAUAAUAAGCAAUAAUUGUGUGUGAUAGGGUGGCAAGUGCUGCUAGGGCAGACUAGUCAGGAAUUCUUAGGGCUGAGAAAAACUGUACACUGUCCUUCAGAACAUUUUUGCCAGUGCCAGAUGUUCCCUUUUGUCUAUUUGUAUGAGAAAGUUCACCUGUUUAUUUACAUUGCCCCUCUUGCUCUGUUCUUUCAAUUAGUGUGCCAGUUCUCAUAACAUCAAAUGUACCUACACCUGAUAGGCUGCAGAGUGUUGUGAUAUCAUAUUAUAAAAACUAUUUCAUGAUUUGGCUAGGAUUGCCAGGUAGCUAAACUAAGAAGGAAGAAGCAGUAACCAGGUGAGAGAGAAAUAAACUUGUGGUAAAGCAUCAACAGUUACAGAAUAAUGGUUCCACUGAGCCAAAAAAGAUGAAUAUUUGAGUUUUUGGCAAAUAUUACUGAACUUCCCAGAAUGACUUUACUAUGGUUAGUGACUGCUUGCUGAGCCCACCAGCAGAGACCUCUACAGCACAUUGGUGCUUUAACAGCACAUUUGUGCACCACAAAAAGAUGCCUCUGCCCAUCCUUGGACAGGAACAGACAGUGGGCCAGGUCCAAGGGAUUUGAGUCAGAGCUUUGGCUAACUUUUGAAGAAGCUUACCUAGGUCAAUGUAAGUAGGGAUAACCUAAGUUUCAAUUUCAGUCAAUUUGGCUCUUUUGUAUUACUUUAUUCCAUGGGUAGGCAAACUAAGGCCUGGGGGCUGUAUCCAGCCCAAUAGCCUUCUAAAUCCGGCCUGCGGAUGGUCCGGGAAUCAGCGUGUUUUUAUUUGAGUAGACUGUGUCAUUUUAUUUAAAAUGCAUCUCUGGGUUGUUUGUGGGGCAUAGGAAUUUGUUCAUUCCCCCCCCAAAAUAUAGUCUGGCCCCCCACAAGGUCUGAGGGACAGUGGACUGCCCCCCUGCUGAAAAAGCUUGCUGACCCCUGCAUUCCCUUCUUUAUCACGUUGUAUGGUGGAGCUCGGCCCUGUUGUACCUAGUAUGCUUGAUGUCAGGAUAGUGAUAUGAGAAAUGCUGGGCAGGUAUUUAACCUGUGUGCCACCAUCUAGCUCUGGCUGAAGAAAAGAAUAGCUAGGAGAGCAGGUCUUGCUGGCUACAGGCUGUCUUUGCCACUGUUUCCUGGAGCCAGGUCUGACACCUAGGCCCAAGUUCUGCUUGCAUCACAACACCCAGUGCCUCGGAAUCAGCUGUAAUCUUUCAACCAAACUGCAGAUAGUGGUAUUAACUUACACAUGGUCACACAGAAGGUUACUGCUUCCCUGGUCUGUCUUCUUGUCUAGGAAGGGUACAAAUCCCCACCAAGGAUCCCUGAAAUAGUGAAUUCCCAAGAAUUCCCAAGAGUCACAAAUCAUGCCUGCAUUGGACUUGAUGACCCCUGGGAUCCCUUCCAAUUUUAUGAUUUGGUGUGUGUGUGUGAUACAUCUAGAAUCUCUCAGACAUUUGUACCCAGGUUUUGGUAGUGACUAAAGAUACUUUGCUGGGUUGAGGCUGGGAUGCCAACUACGUUGGUUCUUGGAGGUAUCAGAUCAUGGCACGUACACCGUGGGUUCAUCUCUUUUGGAUCACUGCAGUACAGAUUAUGUGGGGCUUGCCUUUGUAUUUGGAAACUGCAGCUGCAGAAAGGCUUAUGGCUAGGGCCAGUUAUGGAGAGCAUGUGAAUGAAUCCUUGGCAACAACAGCUAGAUUAGCUGGUGGUCCUAAUUAUUUUGAAAUGUGCCGCUGCAAAUAUUGAGUUGCUUUGUAUGUGCUUGCCUCAUGGAGCCAUUUCAGUAGUGGAACUUUGGGUGAGGAAAUGACCUUUUGACAAGUUUGCUCAACUGAAGUUUUCUAGGGAUAAGUGGAACCUGCAACAAAUUGCAAACACUUUUAGGAGGCCAGCCAACUAUGCCCUCUUCCAUUGCACCUCUUCUGUUUUUCAUUUCUCUCCCCGCAGUACGCCCCCAUCACCAGUCAGUAAGCAUUCUGUGCCCACUGAGUAUAUUACAUCCUUGUUGGGCCUACUUUUGUUUUUCUCCCCCAUCAUUACCGUAUUUUUCGCCCUAUAGGACGCACUUUUUCACCUCCAAAAAUGAAGGGGAAAUGUGUGUGCGUCCUAUGGGGUGAAUGCAGGCUUUUGCUGAAGCCUGGACAGCGAGAGGCAUCGGUGCGCAUCGACCCCUCUCGCUCUCCACGCUUCAGGAAGCUAUCCGCAAGCCUUGCGAGCCCGGUGGGAGUUCCUGCGGGCUCGCAAGGCUUGCGGGCGGCAGCCUGCAGCCCGAAGCACGGGGCGUCCUCCGGAGGACGCCCCGUGCUUCGGGCUGAUGUCCGCAAGCCUUGCGCGCCCGGUGGGAGGUCCCGCUGGGCGCGCAAGGCUUGGGGCGGCAGCCUUUUCUAUGGGCUGGGGUCGGGGCAAGCUCGGGCCUCCCCCGCCCCAGCCCCACGACUGGGGGGGGGGAAUAAUUUUUUUUAUUCAUUCCCCCCCCCCAAAAAGGAGGUGCGUCCUAUGGGCCAGUGCGCCUUAUAGGGCGAAAAAUACAGUACUUUUGUUUUUCUCCCCCAAGUUUCUUUUAUGCUUUUGAGUAUCUUGGGGUUUCUUAAGCCAGUUAAGUGUAUUGAAACCUUCCUUAUCUGCAUGGAUGGUGACAUUUUUGGCUAUGUAGGGUGCCAAGCUCAGAGAAUGAGUUUGUUAUAGGAUAACACUCCUGUUUGGUGCUCUGAGUGAGAUAUGAGUGCCUGGACUGAAGCAAUGGUAGAAACGCCCUUGGCUUGUCAACGCUGCCAUUUGUGUUUAGUGUAGGGACAGCCUGGCUUCAGUGCUACAUACAGCUUUGUUUAUUUCUUAUUUGCAGCGUGCUUCCUUCUAUCUCCAUGAAAUAGCCACUUGUUAAAGCCACUGCAUAAUGUGCUUUGAAGCUUUGUUUAAUACAUAUGUAUUUCAGCAUUCUCCUUCAUGACCAAACCAAAUUUCCCUUUGACCUCCAUUGAAGUUGUCUGUCAGUAAUGUUGUAAGGCUCAAUUGUUUUGGCAUUAUGCAACAGAGGACUCUGGGCCUCUUCCUCUGACUCACUGUGGUUGUACUUCCUGUCUUGUAAUGUAUGUCCUUUGGUGUCCGCUUGCUAAAAGCUUGUCUCUUUUUAUCAAAUGGUUUCCAGUAGGACUUCAAGUUUUAAUUAGCAGAUCAAUCAAUUAAAGUUGAUAGGGGAAGGAAGAACAGGUGUUUGUGAGUAUGAAUGGAGUAUGUAUUUGUUUAAGUGUGUAGGGUGAAAGGGAGAUGCUUGUCCUGGCCCCACCUUCCACAGCGCCUAGUCCAACCCCCUUCAAUGAAGGAAUCUUUUGGGGGGGCUCAAACCCACAACCCUGAGACUAAGAGAGUCGUGCUGAGCCUGCUCUUGUUUUAAAUGGAUGUAGUUUUUACCAGAAGGACUGUGAACUGUUGUGGAAAUCAUGUUUUUUGGACAGCAACAACUACUUAGGGUUUUUUUCAGAGGAGCUUGGUACAAGGGAUGUAUGUGUCCUAGGCUGUCAGAGAUGGCUUUAAAAAGAACAGCUUCUGCUGUUGUGGCAGAUGCUCUGUUGGAUGCUUUUCAGUAUGGCACCUGGUCCAUGGCCUCCACUGUGGUUGCCCAGAGAAACAUCUCAUUGAGACAGUGGCUCAUUGAUUCUAAUUUGGAAGCACACUUGGCCAGUCUCCUUUUCUCAGUGGCAAUGAUAAUGAUGAUGAUGAUAGUAGUAGUAAUAUAAUUUUAUUAUUUAUAUGAAACUCAUCUGACUAGGUUGCCCUAAUCACUCUGUGGCUCCCAACAAAAUAUUAAAAAAACAAGAAAACAUCAAACAUUAAAAACUUCCCCUACGCUUUUUGGGAGUCUUCAGGUUCACUUGGUGGAAAUAAGAAAUAAAACCAAGGUACUGCCUUCUGCUAAAAUAGAUGAAUGCAAGGGAUGACAGUCUUCCUUUUUUCAUCCCCCAUGCAGCUUUCCCAAUCUACCUAAAUGACAGCCUUGGUUGAGAGUUUCCAAGUGACUGGAGAAGACCACUGUUGUGACUGAAGCAACUAAGAUGUUUUUCCUUGUCCAUAACGUUGAAAUAAUUGAUUUCUGUGCAGACUGCAGUUAAGUAUGUAGUCGUUCUCAUAGAGAAGACUUGUAUAAAGCUACUCUAAAGUUUUAUAUCUUGAUAAUGGGGUGGCUCGUUGGAGUUCUUCAGACUGCAGAUCUGUGAGCUCUGGCUUCCGUCAUGGUGUCCUGUUGUGCCAGAAGCAGUUUAGUCAUGCUGGCCACAUGACCUGGAAAGCUAUCUGUGGACAAAUGCUGGCUCCCUCAGCCUGAAAGUGGAGAUGAGUGCCGCACCCCAUAGUUGAAUUCGACUGGAUUUAACCGUCAUGGGGUCCUUUACCUUAUUAAGCUAACAACUUUGAAGGUUAAAUGGGAUGAGGAUAACAUAAACAAAUUUAAAGUAAUAUAUUAAAGUAUCAACAAAAUAUUAUUUGUUUAUUAUUAUUAAUAAUAGCCAGAAUACAAGCGGCAUAAUCUGUCUACACAGAUAUGUAUUUGGUUGCCUCUUGAAACCCAACACAACUGAUGCAUUCCUAUAGGGAACCAGAUUUGCUAACCCACAUCAGAUCACAGAGAAACAUAUUUGUACCUACAAGCCACCUUCUUUUACAACUAGCUGUCAGCCAUCUCUGCUUUUAUGUUUCUCGGUCUCUGUUGCAAAAUUUCCAUUUCUUACCUACAGGCACCAUCAGCCUCCUCCCCUUAAGUAGCAGAGGUGUACCAUCUUUUCCAUCUUUGAUGGGUUUCUCCUUCCAGACAUCCCAGAGAGAUCUCUGUAUAUUUCCCAACCAUUUUUCACCAUUAAAUAAAAUAUUGCCAGACAUUCCUGGCCAUCAAUAAGCAUUUUUUCUUUUAACCUGAAUGAAACCAAGAAUUAUCAGAACAUUCCACAAAAACCUAAAUUAAGUUUGGAUUACUUGGGAUUUCCUGACAAAGGAAUAUUGCUCAGUCAGUGUAAUAGUACUGUGGUUUGCACCUUGUGGCAAGCCAGGCUAUGGUUUAUCAUGAACAAACGCAAAUGCUAAUAUUGUGCCCACCCUGUUCCUUCCCCCGCCCCAAGUGGGGAGAAAAGAAACUGGAGUGCCAGCUUAACAUUAUAAACCAGCGCUUGUGGUUUGUUUGUUUUUCCAAGAAGAUGACUUACCACAGCCAUCACCAACUUGGUUAUGUUGGAUUUCCAGAAGAAGAAGAAAAGAAUUGGAAACUUUUCUGUAGCUGCAAAUUAAUUGAGAUCUGAUUUACCAAGUUUAUUGAAUUACUGUUUACUUGUAAAUUUUUAAAGAUUUAUUUUGAUUAGUGUAAAAUUUAUACACUGCUUGAUUGAAAAAACAGCAACCUCAAAGCAGCUUACAAACGAUAAAAUAGUAAAACUGAGAAAAAUUCACAGCCAUACUUAAACAUACAAAAGUUAAAAUACUAAAAUAAGACAGUAAAGAAAGCUCAAAUAUAUUAAGGGGGAAGUGAGUAAGGUGUACUUAGUGUGAUUUAAAUGUUAUAUUCAAGCAUAUAGCUUUACUUAGAAUUUUUUAUUGGAUUCCUUGAAAAUAUUUGGAGAAAUGACAACUCUGUAGCAUCUUACUUCCUUUACCUUUAGAUUUAAAUAAAAUUUUAGGAUGCCUGAAUUGCUAUGUGCAUUAAAAAAUCAGCUUCCUGGGGAUAGCCAUCUGAGAAAUUAAGUACAGCCUUGAUUUAAACUGUUAUUAUUGUAUCCAUUCUAGUUCACCAGUUCUGAUGGUGGCUAUGCUUUCAUGUCUCAGUAAACCGUAAUUACCAUGAAUAUGUAAAUGGAGCAAAAAAACACAACCCAUGACUAGUGCUGCAUCUGGGGAUCGCAGUUUGUUUUGCUACAAACAAACCAUGAUUGUUCUUGGGUUUCCAAUUGUGUUUUGUUUGAAAUGAAACAAACCAUGAUCCUUAAUUCAGAAGUAAUGCUAAGCCAAGGCUCAUGGUUUGUUGCACCCGCUCAUGCUAGGGGAGGAUCUAAGUGGGAGUGAUUUGUGCAUUUAUUUUGCACUUACUUUGAUGUGCAGACUGAGCAAAUUUAUAUCCAUUUAUAUCCAUUCAUUGCUGCCAAGUGAUUUUAGAAAAUGAUGCAUUUUAAAAAGUGCCUUCACUAUCUAGGAUCCUGUAAAGGGACCCCUGACCAUUAGGUCCAGUCGUGGCCGACUCUGGGGUUGCGGUGCUCAUCUCACUUUAUUGGCCGAGGGAGCUGGCGUACAGCUUCCGGGUCAUGUGGCCAGCAUGACUAAGCCGCUUCUGGCAAACCAGAGUAGCACAUGGAAAUGCCGUUUACCUUCCCGCCGGAGCGGUACCUAUUUAUCUACUUGCACUUUGAUGUGCUUUUGAACUGCUAGGUUGGCGGGAGCAGGGACCGAGCAAUGGGAGCUCACCCUGUUGUGGGGAUUCAAACCGCCAACCUUCUGAUCGGCAAGUCCUAGGCUCUGUGGUUUAACCCACAGUGCCACCCGCACUAGGAUCCCAUGCUCAUGGUCAAAUGAAGAUCAUACAUCAUAGAACCUUUUCAGUCUUGGUUCCUGUUUCCUAUGAAUACGGUAGUCUCAUCAGCAUGACUAGAAUGCAACAGGAACAUGUCUUUCUAGGUAACAAAGUCUCACACAAUGGAUCUGCAUAGGACACUAUACACUCAGUGGGAGAGGACUGGGAGUGACUCUCAAGGCAAGUUGCCAAGUGCUUUGUUCUUGUUUUUGUAAUUGGAGAUUGUAUUCUCUUGGGGAAAUUUCUCCAAACACUUUGGGGUUUAGAGCAAAAUAUGCUUUCAUGGGGCCUUACCAGGUUCUGUGUUCUGAAUUCAUGGGUGUAACAACAACAAGGAAACUGCACCGGUCCAUUCAGCAUUCAUUUAUUUGUACAGGGCUAUUAUAGCCUAUGUUUUUUGCAGUCUUAAGUGCAAGGUGGCUAAUAGAUGCAACAUAAUUUGAAAACACUGCUUUAUUAGGAAACGAAAGACCAGCAGGGAAUAAUGACUAAAAUCAAAUGUUUUUUUAUUUCUUUAUCCUGAAUUUUUAAAAACCUCUUCUGAUUUGAGUCUGUGUGGAUUUUGGGAGGCUUCAACAAACUGAGCUGUAGUUACCCAAAAAGCAAGUGGUUUUAAGACUGGGAAAUGCUUUUCAAAGCAUUAUGAAAGUAGUGUUCUGCUAGCUAGGAAGACAAACAUUUCCAGAGCUUUGGGGCAUGUACUUUUUGAUAAACACAUGGAUUCUUAGUCUCUCCUCCCACUCCAAGAGUAUCAAAUCUAUUUUAUUAACAUAUUAAGAGCUUAAUUUCAGUGUAGGGAAAAAAGAUGGAUUUAUGAUAAUGUUUUAAUAGUAUCACAGGUGUUUGGGAAGUAUUUCUCCGACUCCUGUAUAUAGGGACACCAGUUGGCUGAGGUGGCAGGAGAAAAUUGAGUUUGCAUACCACAAAAGGAAGGCAGGAAAUAGAAAGCCUAAUGUUUGUACGCUGGUGCGUUUUUUGUAUGCUUACAAACGAUUGAAGACUUGUCCAAAAUUCUGUACCAGCAUCCAUUUAGAAGUCUAUAUAUAUAUAAUUUGGUAAAGUUGCUAGGAAUUCUCAGUUGCUACCAGAGACUUCUGAAAGUCUUUCCAUGUCUAUCAGAUAUCUCAAGGUCUCGCUUAUACCUUCCAGAUCCACUUGCUUCAUCCAAGAAAGCUCUUUAUGCUUCUGAGCCUCCAUGUACUAGGUAUAUAGUUAAGGAAGCAGCAGCAAUUGCACCAACUCUUAAUAUUUGCUAAUGUUCUUGAGAUACUUGUGGACUCCACUUCUGAUCAACCCCAGUCAGCAUGAUUGAUAAUCAAGGAUUAUGGGACUUGUAGUUCACCAACAUAUGGAGGACACCACAUUGACUACUUCAUAAAACUGUCGUUGUCUUCCUUUGUAUGCUAUUACUAAAUGUACCAGCGUUCUCAUUAAGGUGACCAUUAGAUCCUAUGGACUUAAUUUUGGAACAGUGCGCUGUUCCAGAAUAGGAUUUUAAAAGUAUUGUUUGUCAGUCCUCAUAAUUGCAGUAUCUUUUUUAUGCCACUGAAGUAACAUUAUCUUGUAAAAAUACUCUGCAGAGAUUUCCUGCCUCGUGGAUCUGGAAUUGUUACCAGGCGUCCCCUCAUUCUUCAGCUUAUCUUUUCUAAAACAGGUAUGUGGUUUUUCCAUUGUAUUUGAAGAGUGACCCAAGUCCUUGUGUGAAUGCUGAUAUGUCUGUGUGCAGUUUCUUCUUUGACUGUGACUACUCUAGAAUGCAGAAAUCUUUAUUUGCUCUGGUUAACUAGCAUUGUGUAUGUCCUCAUGGGACUAUAUUUCAAUGUUCUUAACAUGUUUCCAAGCCAGUGUCUUUAUUAAGUAAUUUACUAUGCUUUGGUAAAAACCAUGGACAUGCUUUUUCUGAAUACGUUGACUUGACUUGUAAAACAAAUAUGGAUAAUGAAUCAAUCAGUUUUGUAAAGUAUUAGAAUUGCAUUCUUAAAUCUGAGUGAGGAGAGACUGUGUACAAGCUGAACCAGUGCCCGGCUGCACUUGUGGGCCAAUAAGCUGAAAUUGACUCCUCCUAAGACAGAAAUUGUGAGUGAAGUCCAAGAAUUAGGAACUUUGCCUAUUCUAGAUGGGAUUGCACUUCCUCUGAAUGAAUAUUGGGGGGCAAUGGGGUGACGAAGAAACCUGGGGAUGUCAUGCAGCAGUCAAGACUAAGCUGCUGCCUGGGCCACUUUGUUCUAAGGGAUUGACCUAAGACAAACAGCAACAACAGUUUGUUGGUCACUGUGUCCAACAAACAGUGCAUAGCACGACUAGGAUAGCAUCUCCCCUCACACUGCCCAGGGUUGGCUGCUCGGUUCAUCAUUCUCAGGAACUGCACUCAACCCCUUGGCACCACCUACCUGAGCCAGUGUGCUAAGCAAAAACCAACUUGCAGCACAGCUGUAGCAGCCUCCCCUUUCUGCCCUUUCUUGUGCACUGUGCACUGACUGCCUAGUUUGGUGAAGGUGCACAGGAGCAACUCUGGCGGUCUAUUGGAGGUUUUCUGUCGGGUUUUUAAAGAGCUUUCUUAUGGUUAUGGCUGGCAGACACAUUGGAUAGCAGAACAUCAUGUGUCAUGGGGUGGUGAUAGGCUCUCCUGAGAGUAUGAUCCUUCAGCAGCUGACCAACCAUCUGGGAGUUGCCAACCAUUUGGGGCUUUUGGGCACACAUUUGCAAACUGGGCAAAUUGUUGUGGGCAUCUUGCACAUCCCACAAGCAAGCACACUCCACAGCCUAUUGUACUGGCUUUGGUAGAAUGCUUCUUUCAAGCCCAAUUUCAGCAGGGAAAGGAUAUGGGGAAGGGACCAUGUGGGCACCAUGGAAGACCUCUCUGGGCACAUCCCUUGGGACCAAAGCAGCAGCACAUUGGUAACAUAACACAGUAACUGGGUAAUGAAUAUUUGCAUAAUUUAGGAAAUAUAUUGUGUCUCCCCCUCCCCUCAUAUUUUCAUCUCACAAAAUGAAACUGCUGAGCAUGCGGUGCAGCCCUACUAAAUCAGGAAUGCAAUAUAAAGCAUUUGGUAUAGUUAAAAGUGGUUUUCGGUGACAGCUCCUGAGUGAGCCCUCAAAAGCUUUUCCAGAGGUGUGAAUUCCAUUCCGACAAAGUGUUUUCUCUCUUUCAGAAUAUGCAGAAUUUUUGCACUGCAAAUCUAAGAAGUUUACAGAUUUUGAUGAAGUCCGACAGGAGAUUGAAGCGGAGACAGACAGGGUUACAGGAACAAAUAAAGGCAUCUCUCCUGUUCCCAUUAACCUGAGGGUGUAUUCACCACAUGGUAGGUAUGGUUUUGUGCUCUGGAUGAACCUUUUAAAAGCACACAUUACUGAACUGAAUACAUAUAUUUGAGGGCUACUGGACAACUCAAGUACCCUGGACUGGAAAUAUUCAGUAAAAUGGAAAGCUAUAUCUUUAUUUGGUACUUAGGGAGUAAGAGUCUGUAUAUAGAUGAAGCUGUAGGAGGAUGUGGAGGCAUUAGAUGCAUUAUCAUGGUUAAAAAAGGCUUUAGGGUCUUAUUGUCGUGAGAAUAACUAGCUAGAUCUCCCUAAUGGCUUCCCUCCAUCCUUGUAUGAAAAGACUUUGGCAAAGUUCCUUGAGGUCACAAAGCAAAACUUGAUGACCUUCUCAAAAGGAAGUUCUUAACAUUGUGCUCAUUUUUCUUUUCAGUGUUGAAUCUGACUUUGAUUGACCUUCCGGGUAUCACUAAGGUGCCAGUCGGUGACCAACCCCAGGACAUUGAGUAUCAGAUAAAAGAUAUGAUUUUGCAAUUCAUCAGCAGAGAGAGUAGCCUGAUUCUUGCUGUGACUCCAGCCAACAUGGAUUUGGCCAACUCAGAUGCUCUCAAAAUGGCCAAAGAAGUUGACCCACAAGGUAAAAAAAAUUCUGAUUUUUUCUUUCUUUCACCUGUUGCACUGAUAAAUUCCACACAGUUCCAUGGCAGAAUACUGUAGGGUCUCCAAAAUCUCACUCUGAGCUUCUCAGCUAAAAUAAUUGGGAAGUCCCAAAUCAUUCUAGGUAGAAUAGUCCUGUGCCAAUGUGCUUUUUCUAUGGUCCUUUGCCAGAUACCUUUCUCUGCCAAAAUUCUGGUCUUUAAAAGGAAUUUUCUAGAGGAUCCUGGGAACAGAAUGACAGUAGCAGAAACCAUAAGGUUAGGACAACUGAAACUUAAAAUUGCAGGGCAGAACAAGAUGGAAUAAUUCAUACCCUUGGUGGCAAUAAUUAGUUCUGUGCAUUCUGAAGUAAAAUAAAGAAAUCAAGAGCUGUACAAAAGCCCUAAUCACACUGCUGUGCAAAGUUGCUGUGUUAAGCAUUUAUUAUAAUAUGUAUUAUAGUUCCUGAGAACUUGUUUAAUCUCUCACCUGAAUAUUUGUAUCAUCUGUUGAUCAGCCGUUCUGUUUUUCCCCCCUCAGGCUUACGGACAAUUGGGGUAAUAACCAAACUAGAUCUGAUGGAUGAAGGCACUGAUGCAAGAGAUGUUCUGGAGAACAAACUUUUACCUCUACGGAGAGGUAGAAAGCUAUUAAAGCUUAUAACUGAUGAAUAUUUGUGUGAAUGAACUCAAGUACUGUAGCAUUGGUCAGAUUCAUAGACUUGAAUAAAAUGAGUGUUUGCUAAUCAGGCUUGAGGGAAGGAAGUACCUGGGCUCCAAACCAUCAUGCUAUGUGCAUUUGAUGUGCAGUCUGGGUACGAAGGAGCAAAUGAAAGUAGCUAGUUUUGAAGUCUGCUUGCUGUUUAUCUUGUCCCUUUGUCAUCCAGAGCAUUCCUAAAGCACCCAGAUGUACAGGGCUUCUGGCAAUCAGCUUUCUUUUCUUCCUAGCAUCUUUGGGUGCAAAAUGUCAGCAGGGUGCAUAUGGGACAUGAUCUGCAACCAAGCUUCAUGACAAAGCCCAAUAUAUUUGACAUGAAGUUAUCAGAUUCUUUCUUCCACCCACUCUUUUGGUAGGAAGCAGUCAGUGGUUGGAGCCAUAUAUUUUCGUAUACCUGUUGGAAACUUCCAAUUUGCACAGUAGAAGGGACCUUAGUGAUGAUCCUAGCUGAGUGUUGUGCAUUUAGAGCCAAUUUGUUAUCCUGAUUAAUUACUCUGGCUCUGGUGUAGCUUUUAACUUGAUUAGCUUUGUUCAGAUCUGAUCGCUGUAUAGGUCUGUAUAGUGUACAGUAGGAGAUGACUCAUCUCACCAGCAGGAGCUCAGAGUCUGGCAAGAGUGGGUUCUUGAUUACCCCUUCAAUGAAUAUGUUUGCUAUACUGCUCAAUAUCACAGUUCUGCAUUUGAAAUAAACAGUGCAAAAUAGGCACAUUUUCAUUUUUUUUAUUUGGGCUGUACCACUUGGAUUUUGUGUGCAUUUCUGAGUCACAGUACUUUCAUGUACUAAGGAAGACAACUUGUGACAUCAGGGUGUGAGGCCAAGUUCCAUGGGAAAGAACCAUGCCGAGUGUAAAAAUUCCAGCCCAUUUCAUCUCUGCAUGGCUUCUUGUCUUUUCAAUUAAAAUAGGAGCAAUAGGCCCUUCUUAAUUUUAAGUGUGGAUUGUUGUAGAAGCUAGGAUUCCGCACUUCUUUUGUACCGUUGCAACUAUGUGGCUUUCUGCAGGGGUUGCCCUGUUGUGUCCUAGCUGCUUUCUCUGCAUUUGUACUGGGGUCCUGUGCAAAACUAUAAGGCAAAAACUAAUAUAUGGAGCUGUCCACUCAUAGGCUACAUUGGAGUUGUGAACCGGAGCCAGAAGGAUAUUGAUGGUAAGAAGGACAUCAGAGCAGCAUUGGCAGCUGAGCGCAAGUUCUUCCUUUCCCAUCCUGCUUACAGACACAUGGCAGACCGCAUGGGAACCCCCCACUUGCAGAAGCUGCUCAACCAGGUAGGCUGUUCCUGUGGCAUCCUGGCUCUUUUGCCUGGCUCUUUAAAGUUGGCUGAACAUCACUGUUUCCGCUUAAACCUUGCGGAGAUGUUACAGUAUGGAGGAAGGUGGCUGGUAGCUCUCACCCCAAAUGUGAUUCUCCCUCCUCACUUUUUCUUACUGAAAAAAAUAAUAAUCUGCUAUUCUUCAUUUUAUAGCUGGUUUAAACAUUUGAAAGAAACAUGGGAGAGCAGAAAUAAGGGCCUUUGGUUUUUAGCUUAUUUCUUUUUCAGGUAUCAGCUUGUUGCUGACAUGAAAUAAGUAUGUAGUCCUGCUAAUCUCCCAUCAUACACAGUUUUCUCCGUGGAAUUAUUCCAAAUGAAUAUGGAUUAAACUUGUUGAAGUAGGAAAAGACCUGUAGAUGGUUUCCAUAAGCCAGUGCCUGUUUUGGAAGUGUUGAAAGGGCUAUACUGGGAGCAGUCAAGUUUUCUUUUAACUUUGUUCAUCCCCAGCAAGGGCAACAAGGAACGGAUUUUGGUGCUAGAAAGAAGGAUAAGGUGUUCACCUAGGAGGUGGGCUUGCAGCUUUGUUAGGCUGAGAUGGGGAUUUAGGCAUUCUUGGGCCAUAUACCAAAGAAUCACAGCCUACUCCAGUUUAGAAUCCCAUCACACCACAAAGGGGCAGCUGAUGGAUAGGCAUUUUGGUAAAUACUGGAGGCGGUUCUGGAAAAUUGUAUUAAAUUGAAUUAAUUUGGCAAUGAUUUGGAAAAUCAAUAAAAAUAAUUGGCAAAAAACAACAAUAGUUCCAUCACACCACAACUCAUCCACUGAUCAAGAGCUAAAGAGACAGCCCUCAACCUAGCUGGAUUGAAAGGGAAAGCUGCUUUUAUUCAGCACUAAGCAACACUACUUAUAAUGUUGAUAUAAAAUGAUUGCUCUCUUUUUUCCAUAGCAAUUGACAAACCAUAUCCGGGAGACUCUGCCAUCACUGCGUAGCAAACUCCAGAGCCAGCUUUUGUCCCUUGAAAAAGAAGUGGAGGAAUACAAGAACUUCCGCCCUGAUGACCCUACGCGGAAAACGAAAGCCUUGCUCCAGUAGGUCAAAUCUACAUUGAGCUGUGCCUCUCACUUGGGGAGCUUCCUUCCUUUGUUGUGUUGUGCUUUCAGAGGCUAGCUUUCAUCUUGAGAAACAUGAAAACGUAAGGUGGUAUCCAACUAAGUUUUACUCAGAGCAGACCUGUUGAAAUUAAUUGACCUAACUAGUCAUGCUCAUUAAUUUCAGCGAGUUUACCCUGGUUAAAACUUAGCUGAAUAUCUGUGUUGUGGCAAACAUCCAGUGUGCUUCCUCUGCUCAUUUUUUACUUGUGCGGCAUCAAUUAUGUGUAAGUUGCAGAUCACAAUGUUGCAUAAAGAAAAAAAGUAUGCAUACUAGAGAGCAUCCUUUUGGAUGUAUAGGAUGCACAAAUUACAUGUGACUUUUGCAUUCUUUUACAUUCCACAUUUGGUCGUAAAGUGCAUGUGGUUCAGUAUUUUUGUGUAGCAUGGUUGUGGAGCAGCAAAUCUUUUUUGAAACAUUGUCCAUAGUUUGAACUUGAUCAUCUUGACAAGACUGGUGGCCAAAGUUUGAGUAUUUUAACAUCUUACAUUUUUAUAAUGGAUUAUAUUAUGAUCAAAUCUAUUGUUUUUCAGCCUAAUUGCAUGUUUUGAUUUUUCUAAGCAGUUUUCAGAUGGCAGCAUAAAAAGUUUUAUUGUUGUGAUAGUGAUAGCGUAGUGUGUGCCGAAGUAGUGUACCAAAUAAAGUCAUCUCCUACUACAGUCAUACCUUGGGUUAAAGUUGCUUCAGGUUGAGUGUUUUCGGGUUGCGCUUCGCGGUGACCUGGAAGUAAUGGAACGCGUUAUUUCCAGGUUUCGCUGCUCGCGCAUGCGCAGACGCUCAAAAUGAUGUCAUGCGCAGAAGCGGCGAAUCGCGACCUGCACACACGCAGACAUGGGUUGCGUUCUCUUCAGGAUGCGAAUGUGGCUCCAGAAUGGAUCCCGUUCGCAUCCAGAGGUACCACCGUAUGUGUUUUUUGAAAGCUUCCUGGCAAAGAAUUAGAUUUCAUACGUACAUGCCAAAAGAAGUUGAUCUAGUAAAAAGUGUUACCUUUCACUCUACAUUCCUGAUUGACUGAUAAUGGCUUCUGCUCACUCAACAGACUGUGGCAUUAUAUAAACUUAUAUAAAAAUUUGGUUUUAAUUUAUAUCUGCAUAGGAUGGUCCAGCAGUUUGCUGUGGACUUUGAGAAGCGGAUUGAAGGCUCUGGGGACCAAGUAGACACAUUAGAACUAUCAGGCGGAGCCCGAAUAAACCGCAUCUUCCACGAAAGGUUCCCUUUUGAACUUGUCAAGGUAAAAGACAUGGGAUUUUAUGUCCUGGGGCGAUUUGCGAGCUGCUGUUGGAGGACAUUCCUGAUAGGGACAAUGCCCCCUACUGGAAGGAUCAGUCAGGUUCCUCUUAAGCCUUCUGCCACCUCUCCUGGGGGAAGAGUCAUCCCUCUCUUGAGACUGACUGAUUGCUGUUGGUGACAGUUGGACCUUUCUUUUCUCUGAAAAAAAUAUUCUCGUCUAUAGCAUUUUAAGUGUUUACUUUGUGCCAGUUUGUGAGUUCUGUGAUUAAGUAUGGUGUUUAUGCAGGCUAUAGCUGUGCAUAUGAGAGUACUGCUGUAUUUUCAACCCAUUGUUGGCAAUCAGUAAGACACAUUUACUGCCCUUAGCAAUGUUCUGCUAUGAUGUGUUGAUUUUUGUUAUUAUAUUAUGUUGCUUUGUAUAUUUGUGGGCUGGUGAGGGUUGCAGUCCACAACACCUGGAGGGUAGCAGCCUGAAGGCUGCUGUAGUGUGUUACAUCUCUAUUACCAGCUCUGAUGUCAGCACAUUUCUGCUGAAAAACUGAUCUUUUAGUUGGCAUCUUAGUCGGCACCCAAAACUUUCAAAGCAAUACAAUGUGAACAACAAAAUAAAACAGCACAAAAUACAGUUCAAGUUUCACAGUGAAAACUGGCAUUACAGACAGGAGGGGGUUUCAAUAACUGUUGCUUAUCUGCUCUGGUGCUGGCGGUCACUACUGUUGUGUGUUAAAUGGCCUUGUCUUGCCUGUAGGUUUGAAGUCUGGAGAACAGUUGACUACUCCCUGUAGUAGGGAAAAUGUAGCAACAGACAAUAGCAGGAAUAGCAAUCUUAAGGUUAAAAAACAGUUAAGUUCCUGGGAAAGUUAAGUACCCUGCCCACCCACCCCAUCAGUUGACAGAGUGUUCUGUUUACCAGUGAGUAGUCAAUUGCCAGUUCACACAGAUGUCAGUUUUGUCCCAGGGUGAAAUUCAGGGGCUCUACUUGCACUAGACCAAGACAGAGCUUGCCCUUGUGGUUGAAUCACAGGGGAUGCAUGAUCCAGAAUGCACUCCUUCUACUGAGGAGAAUGGUCAUUGGCAAGUACGCUGUUCUUGGCUACUACAUAAUUUGUAUCCUGGAUCGUUGCAUAAGUUCUCUCUAAGGUGUUUGGUAAUUAUGGCUUCUCUAAGGUGCAAGCGUCUAAAGAAGAAAGGAGGGCCCCUCUUUGUGAUCAACCAGCAAUUUUGUUUCACCCGUUUCUACCAGCUUUAGCAUUGGGGGCUUUUUGUCUUCUAGAUGGAGUUUGAUGAGAAGGAUUUGAGACGAGAAAUCAGCUAUGCAAUCAAAAACAUCCAUGGUGUAAGGCAAGUAUAGGAACAGCAGCUGAUUCAAUGCAGCACAGUGUUAUCUUGUUCUCCACUGAUAAACUGUAUGUAAUGAUAACUAUCUGGGAUGCUAAGGCAAGCUGGUAGUUGGUCUGAGAUGCCUUCUACUGAUGGUGGUUCCCGUUCUGCCCAAGUCAAAAUGAAGAAUGUCACUGAGAAGAUGAAAGGAAACAGAAUGUUGAUCACCCUGUCACUUUACCAAGCCUAAAGGGAGGACCCUUCCUCUGCUUGGAAGAAUUUGAGUGAGAGGCAAUGAAAGAGAAAGUCCAGGGCUGUACAUCCAUUUGCAAAUACUUCUAGCACAGCAUUUCUGAUUGGUGGCUUUUGCUUCCCCUCCCCUCCAGUUUCAGCACCCUUUAUUUCAUUUUGUUUAUAGAUGCAGCAACGGAAGACAGACUUCAACUCUUGUUAGAACUAAAGGCUUUUAAUGCCCAUAUGAACUGGGCUCAGGAUAGGAUGUAUAGGCCGGGUGUUUCUGUAGUUCUGUUGAAGAAUGAACAGUUCCAUUUAUGCACUAUCCUUUUGGGGCAAUAGCACUCAAGAUCCAUUGCUUCAAGUGUAAUCAACUUCUAUUUAUCUCCUCCCCCCCCCCAUCCUUUAUCUGUAACGUCUUUGCCCUGGCCAGCUUUUAUUCUAUCCUUUUUCUUGUCAAGGCCCUUGGUUUCUUAAUUAUUAUCUGGGGGCGGGGGGGUGUUCUUUUCCCUAAAACCCAUAUCCUUUUCCUUUCUUGCCUAUCUGCCUCUUGCCUUAUAUUUUGAUCUAGAAUAUAAAGCUUCUUAGAAAGAAGAAACCCUCUGUAAACACCUACAGUUUAGAAUUCAGUUUGCAAAAAUGUCUUUCUGUAGCAAAGACUAGAGUUCAUUCCCCUCUUUUGUUUUAUCAACAUUUUUUUCAUUUUCUGAUGCCCUUAUUCUACCUUUUGAACUUUAUUAUUUAAAUGGGAGAGGGCUGGAUGCAGUGGAAGGUUUUAAUAGUUGCGGGAGGGAAUUGUGUUCUAGAAUGUUGACAGUCUUUAAACCUGUUCUCUUCCCCCUCCUUGUUUUUCUUCUCUGCCAUGUCUUGCCUUCCUUUCUCCUGCGUGUGGAUGACUAGGACGGGGCUGUUCACACCAGACUUGGCAUUUGAGGCCAUUGUGAAAAAACAGUUGGUGAAGCUGAAAGAGCCUUGUCUGAAAUGUGUCGACCUGGUUAUUCAGGAGUUAAUCAAUACAUUUAGACAGUGUACCAGUAAGGUAUUGAACUAGCUGGAGGCAGCCUAGCCCUUACUGAGUGGGCUGGGAAAACCUGCCAAAACUGCACUGUUCUAAUCUGCUCAACUUGCCUAACACAACCUCCAGGAAGAGCUACAAGCAUCUUCUAAAAUCCUGAUUGGCUGGUGUUAAGAUGGGAUUGGGGUUUACUCUGCAGGGGAGACUAUCAAGUUUCAUAGGCUUUUACAAAAAUGUUAAACUGUCUUACAACAUGGUCCAGAUUGCAGUCUUGAAAUUGUGGCUCACUGCAAGCAGGAUUGGUCUGUGCUUUAAGCUUCUCCUGCUUUUAUCCUCUGCCUGCAAAUAGAAGCUGCUGUUAGCUCUCUGGAGGUUGGCUAGGUCUGUGGGUAGAUUCUUCUUGGAUCUUGGCCCUUCUCUAAGUGCAUGGCUUCUUGAUCUGCCAUUUAAACCACUCCCUCAGGUUUUUUGCAAAGGCAUGGCUGUUAGAAGGUCAUGCUGCUGUUUGGGCAAAUUAGCUUCAAAUGCACUGAUUGGCAUAAUGAACCAUUUCCAGUCUAAAGGCCAUCUGUUGGGAAUUCAUUUCACUGUUUCAGUGUGGUUGUCCCAUCUACAUGCAUAUUGAAAAACUGACCUGUCAAAGAGCUAGCUUCUCCCCUGCUUGAUUUGCUGAAAUCGACAGCAGGGUGUACAAACUGAGGCUCCAGGAUCAUGCUGCCUAAUUGUGUGCCCUCUGGACAAGAACUUUGAUCUUCAGCAGAGUAGCGAAGGUGCUGCUCUUAAGAGUGGUUUACAUUGCUUGCUUGUUACAGUGGUGUAUGCUGUAGGACUCCGGGUCCAUUUCUGACAAAGGAGUUGUGUGCUUUUGUUGUUAUGUGAAGAAGCCAGCACUUGCUCUCCAAGGUCCUUCAAAUCCCGACUAUCCUGAUGCAGCAGAAUCUGCAUCUGUCUUCUGGCCCACAAUGUAUCUGAGUAGAGUUUGGGCAGCUUUCUUGAAUUCAGAUUCCAAAGGAUUUUGUACAGGAGUCAUUCCCCAAAGAAGUGCUCCUAGUCUGAAAAGCAACUGAUGAAGCGGGGUGCAGGGAAGUGGCAGAACUGUGAAACAGGCAGCAAUUUUGGACACCAUCAUGAAAGGAUUGACUUUAAAUUCAGGUUUUUCAAGACCUGAGGGUCACUUGCAAGGGGAAAUAUCAUUCCUUGCAGGCGAAAUGAGCCAGUGAAACAGAAAUGAAAGGUUAAAUGCUGAUUGCUGAGGCAAGCCUCAUUCUUAUGGAUAUGACCAGUCUUUGUUGACUGUACCACUUCAGAUGAUGGAAUGCUCCUUAUUACAGAACAUUUUCCCCUUAUAGAGAAGUAGCAUGUUAGAGAGAAGGGUGCUAGGCUUUCAGUUUUCCUGACACAUUAGUAGAGAUACUGUUUUUAUGUAUGGAGGAACAUUGAUUCAUGUGAGCCCCAUUCUUAGUAUUCCCAUUCCAGGCACAACAGUCACAGUGUGGAAUUCUAUCAUCUUAGGCUCAAAGCUUCAGUAGAAGUGCUAAUUAUAUCAGGUUGCAAGGUCAAUAACAUGUUAAUUGAAAAUAGCAACCAUCACCAAAUACUGUAAGUAUACAGCCCUUCUCCCUCCUUCCAUCUGCUAACAGAUGCCUGCCAAGUACUGUUUCGGAACAUGGAAGACUCUGGCGCAAUGGUAGCCAACCUUUUUGCCAAGUUUGUCACAAAUGGGAUCACUCCAGUUGUGUUCUGUCGUUCUGUAGCCCCCCAAACCCAUGCCCAAGAGAGUUUUGAUUGUAGUUAAACAUGAUGGCGAGCAGGCUACAGAGUAGCACUAGAGGUGGGCAGGGCAUACCUGACUUGACACAGCCUGACCCUAAGGCCUUUCUGCCUCACUUUAGGAGUGCAACAAAUUACUUGCUGCAUCCUUGCCAUAGAUUAGCCAUUCAUACUCUAGAAUCAAACAGGGCACAGUAAGAAGCAAGCAUGACCUGUUUUUUUUCAGUUUUGGGGAGCCGUUUAAAAAAACAGGUUUUUAUCCACUUUGCCAAGCACACUCAUACUGCAAGGGGCAGGCAGGACAUGGUCCCUUUGCAGAAAUACUUGAAGCUAAUUUGAAGCCUGCUGAGCAGCUCAGCUCCUGGAAGGGAGUAGUUCCUUGUCAAGAGUUUGGCAAUGCAAGAAGGAUCUUCCUGAGGAAGUGCUGCUGCUUUUUCCUUUGCACAUUACUAACCUUUUGAAUCUCUUUCUUCCCCUCUCUGUCACUUUUUUUUUAUUUUCCUGCUUUUCUCCGGAAUCUCUCCUUUCUGUUCGCGCUUUCUGCAUGGUGCAGGACGGGGCUCUUCACACCUGACAUGGCUUUUGAAGCUAUAGUGAAAAAACAGAUUAUAAAGCUCAAAGAGCCCAGUUUGAAGUGUGUUGAUCUGGUGGUCUCAGAGCUGGCCAUGGUCAUUAAAAAGUGUGCAGAGAAGGUAAUGAGUCUCUACUCUUUUAUUUCCCCUCCCCAUCUCCCUGUCACCUGGAAUAUGGCUACUUGCAGUGCCCAGCUAAAAGGAAGUUUGAAUGCUUUCAGUGAGGGCAGUCUGUGCCUGAGCAGAGCCAGAGCCACAGCAGCUGCCAUUCUUUUUUCAUUAUUUGAAUACUGCUUUUAUGUUUCAAGAAAUCUCAAAGCAGUUUACAUCUCAGUAGAAAUCACUUAAUUGUAUAAAAAUAUAAAAAAUAAUAAUAAUUGGGGCGGGGGGAGCUGCAUCCUCUCUGAGGAAUGCCCAUCAGACUGUUGAAUUGUCCAGUUUGGCUUCACAGCAGGAUCCCACAGAGACAUUGCACUGGUGUUGCUUGGACCGUAGCAGCUGUAGUUGAACAUGCUUUGGAAAGUGGCUAAAUCUCAGGAGCACUUCCUGUAAUACAAGGCUACGUUUUUCAGCUGCUCUGUGCCAAAAGAAGCUUGUUUCAGCGCUGAAGCAUGAAAAGAGCUCUGGCAUUUAUCUGUUCUAAGAGUAUCUUGGUAAUACGUAAUCACCACCUUCCACAGUGACUUGUGGGUAGGCCUAUCAUUUAAUCAAAAAGAAAGCAGCUCUCAUUCCUUUUCCUGUGGCACUAAGAAGCCAGUCUCAUGUGUUCCUUCUGCUAAACUCCAUAGAGGUCUUGGGCUGUUUCCCAGACAGAAGCCAUGGGGAGCAUAGGGUGCACAUCAAACACCCAGAAAAACAUUCUGUAUCUUUAUUGAACUGGCAAAGGAAAACCCACCCCAAAUCCCUCUUACUUUGUGCUUUAGCCCUGUCCCAGUGGUAAAAUUGAGAGAUAGCCCAGCCUCUUCUCUUCUGCUCUCUAUAUGUGUGUCUAUAAUUGAUGCUUAAAACUGCAGUGAUCUGAUCUCUUCUCCGCUUGUCCUCAGCUUGGUUCUUACCCUAGGCUUCGAGAAGAAACAGAGAGAAUUGUUACGACAUACAUCAGAGAACGAGAAGGGAAAACUAAGGACCAGGUGAGCAGGUUUUUUGUUUACUCGCCAAAUAACCUCUGGGCUUACUGAGAAUAGCAGAAUCAGAAUCUACAAUUACUUUGUCAACUGACAACCACAGCAAAGCGAACCCCUUCUUUGCUCAGCUUUCUCAGGGUUUCCAUUGAGCUGGAGUUGCUUGUUAUAGCAGUGCAGAAAGUACCGAGCUCUUGUGUGGCUAUGCAUAAGAAGAUAAGGCAAGGUCCUUUUCACAGGCUUCAGUGUGCAGAAGAGUAGUCUAAAUGGGCUCUUUCUCAUGAUGUUGUCAUGCUGCUGAGCUGGUUUUGUCUUCUCUCCAGAUUCUCCUGCUGAUUGACAUAGAGCUGUCCUACAUCAACACUAACCACGAAGACUUCAUUGGAUUUGCCAAGUGAGUAUCUGCUACCAAAUAAACACCUAGAGAUGCUUGGCUUGCAUGUCACAGUAAGCUGCAGUUAAAUGUUUAACUACGGUCUAAUGUGAAUGGGCAGUGUGGAGUCGCAUACUAUUCUAAGUCGCCGCUCAGUGAAUAGCAAGCUUGUAGUUUGUUGUUCCUAGCACUGAGUCGAGAAGAAGCAAAGCAGCAUGCGUUAGUACACUGCUCAUUCAUUGUAAAUCAUAGUUAACUAGAGUUGCCCCCACCCCUUAAGCAGGGGUUCUGUUCUGAGUCGCCACCUGCAUAAGAGAAAAUCGCGUAACUGGGGAGCACUCUCUAAACACCCUUCAGGCUCCCUCUCUGCUGCUCUCUCUCCUAUCCUUAUGAAAAGUACUAUAUCCCAAAACAUCCACAACUAGAAUUGAAGCUGUGGGGCUGGCUGGAGGAUGUGGGGGAAAUUGGCUGCUUCUGUUCUACCACUUGCAUCAGCUGUUAGGCAGGGAAGCUGAGCAGCGUAAACAAAGCCCUGCUGUGCCUCCAAUCUCUUUGGGGCUUCCUCCGCUCUCACUGACUUUGGGCUCCGGGGAGGGUCUCCUCAUGAGCCAUGAGGACUCUCCAGCUCUCUCCCACCAGGGUUUGAAUUAAAUUAUUUAUUUCUCAGUGCUGUGCAUAUACAGUUGCACGUAAAUCUAUUGUUGGGGCGGGGCGCGUCUGUAUUAAUUAUGGUUUAACAUUGCAUGUGAAUCAGGCCACUGGGAAACAUUAUACGGCCCAAAUAGUACUGCUGAUGUAGGAAAUGAGGAAUUUUUAUUUUAUUUUAUUUUAUUUGCCAAGCAGAAGAGAGCAUCUUGUGAUUGGAUGGCUGCCUGGUAGUACAGAUCUUGUGACUUGGGUUAACCGACAUCAAAUAACUAGAAGCUGAAACUAGGCAUGUGUGGUUGAGAUCAAACUUGCAUUUUGGAGAAGUUAAUGAACUUUAAUCUCAAAUGCUUGAGUGAAAAGGUAACAAUGAGUGAGAUACGUGUGUGAGAGAGAGGGAGGGACAAAACUUAUUUUUGGCUUUCCUUUGUGACCUAUCCUAUUUUUGGAGCAAGCAACUUGGGUGCUUUUUUUUAUAAAAAAGCCAGUUAAAUGAAAACAAUUAUUAGAUCUUUAUCACUUACAAUAACUUUAACCUGCCCUGUCACAAAGACAUGUCUAACUAGCAAAAGCCAGCCAAAAUAGGAAGGUCUUACGCCACUUCAGAAAUACUAUUUGGCAAGUCUCCCAGGAAAGUGCACAAUGCAGCCUAUGGGAAUGCCUCCGUGUAAUGAGUAGCCUGACUAAUAAUAUUGAGGGUAACCUCAUGUGAGCUAUUGUAAGUUGUGUUGGGACAUAGGAAAGGAGAAUUGCUUGUAGGCAUGUAGGGCUCCAGGGCUUUGUAGGAUAAAAACACUUUGCAUGGUGCUCUGAGGGACAUAGGGAGUUAUGGAAGAUGAUGGAGGACCAAUGCAUUGUUUUCAGGGUGCCUGCCAUCACUGCUGUGAUGAAGUUUGAAGUAAGCAAUUGCAGUCCCUUGGUAUAGCACGUUACAGUAAUCUUAUCUUAGGCUUUCAAAAUCAAAAAUAAUGGUUGCAGAAUCUAAAUAUGGCAAAAGGGAGUGCAUAUUUUUUCCCAUGUGGAAAGCACGCUUGACUUAGAAAUACAAUCUGGACUUCAACAUGCAGCAGCCAAUUCAGAAGCCCCUUGGGUUCUGGUGAUUACUUUUUAAAAAUUUUCAUCUUGUCACCUCUGAUGCAUACAGGUCUUUAGAUAAAGGACUCAAGGGUGCGUACCCUUCAACACUGAUGACAAUAUAUAUCAGUUGUCUGCAGUUACCCUGACUUUCCCCGGUACUAUUUUUAUCCAGCUUUCUAGUUAGCUUUCUGCUGCUGCUUUUUUCCAUUAGACCUUACUUGUUUCUUCGUGGCUUGCCUCAUUGUACAUUUAUAUUUGGUUCCCCUGAGUUUGUGCCUCCUUUUCCUCUGUGAUUGGACAGACACUUCCAGUUUUUAAAGGAAGUGUCUUGUUUUUUCUAGCCGCCUUGACUCUUUAGACAUGUUGGCAUCUAGUUUUGACAGGUUUAUGUGCUUUCUAAUAUACGGAAUGUUUGGAUUGAUCUUGUUUAAAGCAAUUAUAAACUCCAGCUUCCCAAAGAAUCAGACCUUCCUAGUGAUACAUUUUAGUCUUUUAAAUUCUCAUUCAUAACUUUCCCACUAGUUGAGAACGUAAGUGUGUUGAUAGCAUUACGUCUAAUAAAUGAAUCAUCCCAAAUCAAAAUGCCAGUAACCAUUGUGAACAUUACUUCACAACCAUUUUGUUGUCAAAUGAGCCUCACCAACUAGGGAAACGACCAAAAUGUUCCUGCAGAUUAUAUCACCUGCAGAUGAUUAGUAGUCUCUCCCUAUAGUUCUACUUGUCUUGGAGGUGGCAAUGUUUCUUAAAAAGCUAUUUUGGUGGCCAUGAACUUACUGCUUACCUAAAUCCUAGGAUCCAGUAUCUUUUGACUGUUUCCCAGUGCCAUUCUUCUAGCUGACUCCUGAUUUCUCUAUAGUGGUCUGUCUAGAUAUCAUUCUGUUCACAGCCUUCAUAACAAAACAAAGCACUUACCGUUCACAAAUUAUGUAUACCUUUAAUGAUGUACUUGUAAAUGAUCAGAUCUUCCAUGAGUGACUCCCAAGAAAUAUCCUAGGGUUACACAAAGUUAUGGCUACAUUUAUGUGGGAUGGCGUUUAAUUUCUUCAGUGUGGUGUCCUUGUGCCUUAAGGUUAUAAUUUCUCACACCAUUACAGGAACAGUCAUCAUGGGAUUGGGACCUCUCCCCCUAUAUCCUUAGAAAUCUCCACUAGGUGCCUUUGUCAGUCUUUUCCUGUUCCUCAAGCUCACCACUGUAGUUCUAGCUGCUAAAAAACCUGCUUGUUCUUUAAGAUUCAGAAGCUUAUUGCAGUGUGCACACCCACAGCCUGUGCGCAGAAUGGACACUUCUAUAUAUGAUGCUUAGUGCAAAAAUUAGGACAACCUGUACUCACUUGCCAGCUUUCAAGCAUGUGUAUUAAACACAUUUGUAACAUUAAUAUGAAUGUAAGAUAAAAUACUACUUUUUCUCUUUUCGCAUAAAACCUUUGAUAAGUUCAUUUUAUAAAUGUAAUAUAUGAAGUACCCCUGAUUUUUUUUGUUGGGGCCCGUAAGCAGAAUUUUCAGGACAUCAAGACCAAAUGAUCUCAGUAGGAGGUCCCCGAACGCCUUACCAUUUAUUUCCCUUUUAUUCUGUAAUGCUGCUCCUAGAACUUCUGUUAUUGGAUGACUUAGAAACACCGUGAAUGCAUUUUAAGAAAUGCUGUUUGGCAUCAGCCCAGCAAGCAGCUCAGGCAUAGUGUCCUGUUCACAUACUCCUUCCAUUCCCCAUCUCUCUCUCUCUCUCUCUCCCUCUCGUGUAAUUUGUGUGCAGUCUAUUUAUGUAUCCUUUCACACUUAAUUUACAGUUCCUUCUUUUUCCUUCAUCUCACGUUUCUCUCUCUCUUUGACUCACCUUGCUCUUCCCUCUGGAUGCCUCAAACCUCUCCCAAAUCUCCCCAGCUGUUACACUGAGCAGCGCAUGGUGGCUGGGUGCGUAUCUGCCUGUGAGAGUUUAUCCUUACUAGGUCUAGAGUAUAGCUUGCCUAACCCUUUGGAGAACUUGUUGAAGGGGCUGUAUGAAGACUGUGGUGAGGAUUGGUCAGUGGAGACGUGUUCCCAUAAAUCUGCUCUCCAAUGGCAAGUGCCCCUCACCCUCUGGCAAGCAGAGUGGCUGGUAGUAUGUAGGUCCUCUCACUUGAAAUUUCAUUUGUGCUGCAGAUUAGACAAAGUAAGCAACAGCAGGAAUUUCUUUUGAGAAGAAAUUCAAAAGAGUGGAAGAGAUUCUUUCAUUUUUCUGGGUGGCACAAUCCAGAAAUAGCCUUUCCCUUUCCUAAGCCUUUUGCAUGUCUGAGUCAACUAGGGAGGAGAGAGAGGCAUAGUGGUAAGCAUAGUAAUGGUUGGGACACAUAGAAAAUGUGCAUGUUCUGUGUACAUGUGCAUGUAACUGGUAGGAAGCAAGCUGCAUCCAGCCAGCAGAGGACCCCAGAAUUAUUCCACUAAUUAGUUGUGAUAAUUGACAAUCCCUCAAGACAGUCUAACAUCCCAUUGAUUGAAACACUAGGGUGUUCUCUCCAUAUGCUACCAGGCAGGUUCUUUCAAGAAAAGAUUCACUGGGACCUGGAGUAGGCAGUGUCUUCCGCUUCCCCCCUAAAGUCUUUUGCCUCUGUAGUGUGCAGUCACAGGUUCAAGGCCCUGUCUCCCUCGGGUUUAGAUCUGAAGUGGGAUGUUUCAGAACCGCUGUGAAUGUAUAGAGUGUCUUUGUGGUGGAAAAAUCUGUCGUAUGGCAUGUAUCACUUCAGCUCCAUUGCUGGUGAACUUUCUCCUUCGAGGGUUGGCAUUUCCCUAUCUGCAUCUCUAAUUUUGCUUGACUUGAACAGGAAUGAAUGUGUUGGUGAUUCUGUGUAUCUAACAUGCAAGUUUACCUUUUUUCACACCCAGUAGGCAUGUUUAAUGUAAAACCAUCUCUUUUCUUUCAGUGCACAGCAAAGGAGCACCCAAGCAAAUAAGAAAAGAGCAAUCCCAAAUCAGGUACUGAUGCAUGUCUCCUUCCUUUAGCCAAGUAGAACAUAGUGUCAGCAUACUAAGUCCAGCCUGUUGGGCACACUGUGUAGUUGCGCAGAGUUGAACAGGCUUGUGAGCAUGGCAUAGAUUUAUAAGAAGAAGUGCCACCCUUGCCUUAUGUCAUUUGAAGACAGAAAAUGACUUGGAGCUGGCCACAAGGUGCAGAAAGUACAGUGCCUCCACCAAAAUAAAUCAUUUAUCCUUCAGUUGUGACCACAAAUCUAUGCCAAUAUGAACACAAGUAGAAGAGAGAAUCUUCAAGGCAGAAGAAUGAAACGAUAAAGGAACAUUUUCAGUCUUGAGUCCCUUUUGUUUCUGAGCAGCAAGACUUGAGCAAAGGACUGGAAACAAAAUUGGUGCAUAAAGUUAGUCUCUUUAUAAUGUAUCUGCGUAUGUUAAUUCUUGUUUGGAAAGACUGUAAUGGAACAUUAACACUGAACAAUUAUAAUUAAUUGCAUGUAACUUUUUUCUUUUACUGUUUUUUUCUGCUUUCCCUUUUUUCCAACCAUUUUUGUGCUUCCUGCUUCUCCCUUCCCCUUCUACUCUCAUUAUUUGAUUUUCUUCACUGUUCUGUCCCCUCAUCCUGCUUUUCCUUAUUUUACCUGCACCACUAAUUUUGCCAACCUGUAAAGGGUGAGAUACUGGUAAGUACCUGUAUAAUGUGCUAGUGACUGAUAUGUAAAAUUUGGUGAUGGAGACUUCCUUGCCCAGCAAAAGUAAAGGUCCCCAAGUUGGGUAACCUCUUUGCCUCAAACAAAGUGCACUUAAUUGUACAGAAAAGCAAGCAACUUCAAAUGGCAUUCCAGGAUAUCCAGGCAUGGGAACCAUCUUUCUAAAUUUAGUUGCUACUGUUGAAUUCUUGGGCUUAUCAAGUGGGCAAUGAAUGAAACUGUAAGUAGAAAAGGUAGCUUUCUGAACCCUUCAUUUUAGCCUGAGGAGGUUUUAUUUUAGCCCCAACCCUCCUUGGAUCAGAAAUCAAGUGAGACAUUGUCCUUACUUAAUAUCCCAUCUUCAUGCCUUUUCUUCAAGCUGACAUAUACGGCUGAAGGGAGAUCCACUAAGCUGGAGUCCAGUGACACUCAAGCAACUGAGACUUGUGAGUCUUAGCUAUAAAAGUAAGCAUGAGGCUGCCAGACUUGGGUAUGACACCCACCAUACCAACAGAGCGCAAUGGAAGGAUAAAGGUGCCAGUGAACCUUGGCUGGUAACUGCAGCAUUCUGAGCUUCUGCUCUGUCUGCUAGCAUUCCUGCUUAUUUUCUCCCUUGAGACCUUGUGUUCUUCCUACCUGGUGAGACUCAAGUGGCCAGCAUCAUGUAUUGUACCAUGUUCUACAUCCAUACACCCAGCUUGGUCGGCAGUUGUCACAAACGUAUUCCAUGUUAGUUUUCAUCUUGAUGUGUUCAUAUCUCCAUCUAAAAUCUCAGCUGCUGCUGCCUUCUCUAUAAUUAUUGAGGCACAGAGAGAUUUGUUUGCCCUAUCAUUACUAUGUGGCCCUUUCUGUUGUCUGGUGAGACCAGUGUUGCUCUAUGCUUUUCCUUUAAGUGCACUAGAUUCUAAGAAAUGUGGGUGGAUCGGUUGCUCCAUGAUUAAACAAACUGAUACAGCCCUUUGAACUCAUAGUCCCUGAAGGAUGUGUUGUGGAUGGGAAUCUUGGAGUUGGAAAUCAAAUGGUUACAUUGCUUACUCUACAAGAAAAUGGAAUCGCCAGAAACUUUUGGGUGUAAGUGAGAAGAACAAUUCUUAAUAAAACAGAUGCAGAGGUGCUCCUCCUCUCAUUCUGUCCUGGAAAUAAUUUUCACAGGUACUUGGUGCAAGAAUAUUGCACUAUGUACUAUUGUACAUAUGUGACACAUAUGCUAGCUUUGAUGCAUAUGUGUUAACUUUGCUCAGAUCGGAGGUGUGGGAGGUUUCCUAUUCAAGUGCUAUUUCUACUGGGCAAGGAAUCUCCUCUCAAUUCCAUAUUCUGAUCCAGUGGACUAGAAUGCUGAGAGAGUUUAAAAUCAGUGGCAUAGCAUUCCCCUGGAAUCCCAGGCAUCCUGUCAGUUCUCAUCAUUAUAUCCUGUGUUUCAAAGAGUCUGAAAGUGCUGACGCAUCCAUUUUCAUGAUAUUCUAAGGAUAACUGCAGACCUCAGAGCAGUAAUUCUCAAAUAGUGUGCUGAAAGUAAUUAGAGGUUCAUAUGAACUCAAAUCAACCUUCCCUGGAGAAUGCUGCCCAUGUGCUUGCAUGAGCUACAGUUUCUGACCAGGAAGCAACCUGUGAACAGUAACUCAUUCUAGAUGGGCUCCUUUGAAGGCAGUUAAUUCUUACUCUUACACUCCAAAUUUUAAUUCGGCAAACCUAGCAAGAGUUUGAGAAACACUGCCAUAGUACCUCCUGAGGGUCUGCAUAUUUGCCAUGUGUCCAAUUCCAAUGCAAUCCCUGGUCUUCAAUUCCCAAUCUUCAAUCCCUGGCUUUGAAAAUGUGGUUUGUGCUUCAGUAAGAGGAAGGUGGAGAUCUGACUGGCUGGGCUGUGUUUGAUUUUACUAAAAGUAGAAGGUGAAACUUACUUUUCAGGCAACACUUUGGAUCGAACUCAUCCUCCUGCGUUUGAGAGGCAGUUUGGAGCUUUAAAUGAACAUUAUGUUCUUCCUUCCUCAGCUUCUUGUAGGCCUGUCUGGGUGGUGGUGGUAAAAUAGCAGGCUAAAGAAUAAGGAGAUUGAUUCCAGGAACAUUUUUUUCCCCAUACUGCCCAAAACUUGCCCUGCUGUACACUUUUUGCCCCCAACUUAUCCUCUAACUCAACAUAGCUCUUUAAAAACACCAAUUUAGACAAGUCUCUUUUCUCAAGUUGGCAGCAGAAUUGGCUUCCCUUGGGCUGUUGCCCCUUGACUGGGCUCCUCAAACUCAGUUACAGCCCUGUGUGUCUUUUUCGGGCUCUUUGGUUUCUUCUUCCACAUCUGUCUCAAGGUCUCUCUCCUUCUCUACUGCCUUCUGGCCAUUCUUUGCCUCCAUUCUUUUUAAAGCUAAUUGUAUUUAAAAUGUGACUGACUUCUGAUCCUGAGUCUUUUUAAUUAAGAGAAAUGCUUCACAGAGAGGAAAUCUGACCUGACUCCCUUUCCUAUGUCUGGACUUGACAACACCUUCCAUUCCUCUGCCAAGUUAAUUUGAAUUAAAAUAUAGUUUGCAACAGCCCAUGCCCACCAGUGCUCCACUCCUUCUGUGUGUCUGCCACCUUGGUAUUUAUGUUAGCAAGAAGCUGAGCAAGUCUGAAAAGAUGAGGAUGCCUGAUUGAUAUGUAUUUCUUUGCCCUCAUGCUUUUUCAGUGCUGGUUUUGAAAACUUAAGCACAGGCCAAGCCAAAUUCUCUGUCCCUUUUCAGAGCUGCUCAGCAAUCCUGCCUCUAACAUCUGUAGCUUUCGUAUCUAACAGUUGAAUCAUCACCAUUAGGUUUGCUCUUUUUCUCCAAAGUAUACUUUAGCCUGGCUAUAUUUAAAUGAUUUAACAUAUAGACUACUUCCUUUCCAGUCUGCUCAUUACUAAUAUAUAUGGUGGUACUAACUUGGGUAGAAAACGUUUUACAUGUUUUGCUGUUUGGGCUUCCUUCUGAAAGGAAGGAACAUAGUUCAGACAUAAAAACGAAUAAAUGACAGAGCAAAGUGUGUUUUUUGCUGUGUCUUUCCUCCAAAGGCCCACACAGAAGGUGGGGUAUUGAUCAGGUAUCCUAAAGAGAUACUUUUCAUCCUAGCAGAGAGAAAAAGUAAAACUCAUCUGUUUUGUGUUGGGUUUAAAUUAAAGCAGCUUGUUGAACUAUCUAGCGUGCUCAAGGUUAUUGCAGGCUUGGUGAGUCUUGCAGGAUAUUCUCAGCAGCCCAUCGACCACCAUAAAAAAUCUACAGGUCUUGGCUAUUUCCCCAUUAAAUUAAGAGCGGUUCUGUCCAGUUGCUUGGCUGUAAAUGAUUGUUCUUUGCUUAAAUGUACACAGCUACUCAGAUGUUCAAAGCAUAGUUCUGAGGGCAAGUGGUUCAUCCUUAAUACUUUGCAAGCCCUAUGAAGUGAAUUGAUCCUGGCCAUUCUUAGUGAACAGAGGUGUAGAAACUCAGGGCUGAACAAGGGCCUAGAUCCCGGACCUAGGACUGGCUCGCCAAUUGCUUUGCUGGCUUUUAUUCCAAUAAAUUUAUAAUGAGCUCAAUGACUUGGCACCAACAUAUUCAGUGGAAGGGCUAAAAUCCUUCCAGCAUUGGGGAUUUGAUUGUUGGGCAGAUUUUGGGAUGCCUUACAGGCAAUGCUAGGUGUUGCUUUUGGCUUGUGCCAGGCAAUUAGAAUUCCUAGCGUGGCAUGGUGGCUAGACUAGUACAUUCCAAUGUGGAAGUACUCGCUCAAGUUAACACAACUGUUUAAAAUAUGGUACUCUUUGGGCAAGUAUUAACUUAAUCUGUUUGCAGGAUACUUUUAUUCUGAGCUCUUCAGAGCAGUGGUUUUCAGAUUUCCUUUCUCCAGGGCAUCCUUUCUACAUCAUUUGUCUGAGGAGAUCCAGUGUGCUAUGGAAGAUUCUAGGGUACAUACUAGGCCAGGGUGGGCUUGUGGGAACUACUCUUAUUUUUUUACUGAAACCCAGUAGUCUGCCAAUCAGAGCUCAGGUUCAGAGUAGCAGCUAGUGAGCAGUUGGAGUUUGAUACAUAAUAGUGACUCAGUGGGUGAAGCAAAUUGUCUACUACACCCUGUGAGUCAUUCACUGGGACAGCUUGCGUUGUCUGCCUCUGAGUUACAACAGAUCAGGGGUUCUGACACACUACUCUAAUACUGUCCUAGCAGAGCUGCACAAAGACAUAUUUAAAAGCAACCAGUUAAUACAUGUAUGUUGCAUUAUUAUUUAUUUGAUUUCUUACAUUCCCUUCACUAUAAGGUCCCAGUGCAGAUCACAGCAAUAUAAAAAUAUAGUAUUAAAGCCAGUUCAAACAGCUCUAGGUAAAAGAACAUAGAGGCUGAGAGAGAUUUUUAGCCAUGCCAAUGAUACUUUUACUUGCAGUUUUGCUUACUAUAGUUGUUGUUGUUGAUGAUGAUAUUAAAAUGCUGGGUGGCUUCCAACAAAUGAAAGCACAGUAAGUCAUCAAACAUUAAAAACUUUCCUAUACAUGGCUGCCUUCAGAUGUCUUCUAAAAGUUUGUUGUUUAUUAUAGUGAAAACUACUGGAAAUCAGAAAACUGCUGAUGUAAACUGUAAAUGGUUCAGAUCUACUACUAGACACCUAGCUACGUGUUUGCACAGAGAUCAUAGGCCUAUUAGGUUUCCUCAUUGCUAUUGAAGCAUGCUUUGUCUGGCUGUCCAUUGCAGGAAAGACUGGAAGUGAUGGGCAAGCUGCCUUUCAAAGUAGCUUGUCUACCAUUGUUCAUCACUUUUCGUCAGGGAAAGCUUCUGAAAAACUCCAGACCUCCCUAAACACUAAAUGAAAACCACUACUUUAGAGAGAGGAUAGGAUGCAAAUGUAACUAAUUAACAUAAACAUUUUUUGUUGUUGCCCAAUUGGAAAAGCCAAGCCUUGGAGCUUCCUUCAGGAUAAAGGAAUGCCGUCCUCCUAGAGCCAAAUGUCUUGAGGACAAAUCAUCCCACCAAGAGGCAGACAAGCAUCAGUACUGACAUUUCAACCGUUAACCUCGUUUACAUUUUCGUUUUGUGACUUUUUGGUUAGCCAGGCUGUAGCAAAGAACUGGCUCCAAAUCAUUUUGCUCGUAGCUCUGGUGGAGUCACCUGUGAGACUGGGGUGACUUCAUCAGGUGGGGAGCUGCCCCUUCAGGCAAACUGAGAGUGUGUCAUUAGUGUGAAAUGCAAGACGAACUGAGUAAAUGAGUGGUUGUUUGCAAAUAGGAGUAAAGGUGGUUGGAAACAACUGGCUGCAAGCAGAGUUGUGGCCUGCACAACUCCUUUUUCAUCCUCUUCAGUUUCACUAGAUCUGUGGCUGCUUUGUAAGUUGCAGACAUGGAUACUUGAGGGUUGCCACCAACGUACUCUGGCUCCUGCCUGCAUCUUUUCAGGGGGUUCUUGUGAAUGCUAUAAGCGGCUAUAAGCUGAUGGGUUUCACUGCCAUGUUCUAUAUCAUUAUAUAUUUAUGAGGGACCUCAUAGACAUCUAUAAGCAAUGUUUUUGCUGUAAAGAGAAAGAGCUCCUGUCCUGUUUUUAUUUCUGGCAAUACCCGUUCAUCUGUCAGUGAGUAUUGGACUGCUACACAGAGUUCCUUUCCUGAUUUUACCUGCUGCUGCAGAGCGCUAGUCAUGGCAUGUUGAAAAUUCUGCUUUACAGGUUUAUCACUUGCAUCUAGCAUUCUCUAGAUUUAAUUUUGGGUACACUAAGUGUCAAUGGGUGCUUUAGGGUUGCUUAUUGGUGAGAGUGGUUCAUUGCUUAACAUUGAUCACACGGUGGAAUUUUGCAAUCAUGAGCCAGGCUGCUAUUUCAGAGGCAAUCAAAGUCGACGUGUAACAGUAAUGCUGUAGGUGGAAAUCUUCAGAGGGCUUUGGGUCUUGCCAACAACACCCUGGUGCUGUAAACUGAAGGUUUAAUGCUUUUCCUGAUCAGUGUCACAGAGUCAUAGAAUGAUAUCGGUGGAAGUGACCCCUGAGGGUCAUCUAGUUGAACCCCCUGCAAUACAGAAAUCACAGCUAAAGAAUCCCAGACAGAUGGCCAUCCCAACUUCUGCUUAAAAACCUCCCACUCCCUCCAGCUGCCACUUUCUUCCUCCACUGCCCUUCUUUUUUUCAUGAGACAUGGGACCCCAUCAUCCUCCACUGAGCCCUCCAAGCUGCUAACUUUGGAAGCAGGACUUUCCUCCCCUGCUGAUUGCUAUGAGGGCUAAAAUCCUAAGCCAUUGCACCAAAUCUCUUGAACAUAAAGCAAUCCCAUCCAUCUUACGUUCCCCAAGAUAGCCUGUAACCUGUUCUUCCUUCCUCACCUACUCCUUGAUUUCCUCCAGGUCAUCCGGCGAGGCUGGCUGACUAUCAACAACAUUAGCAUCAUGAAAGGUGGCUCCAAGGAAUAUUGGUUCGUCCUGACGGCGGAAAGUUUGUCUUGGUACAAGGAUGAAGAGGUGGGUAAUUAUGCAUGCCAUAUUGUCGCAGUGAGAAGUCACCUGGGUGGCGCUGUAGAUACUCAGAUUGAGUCCUUGAAAUCACACACAUGGAAACAUGGGGUAUUGUCUACACCUCUAAAACUGCCCACUUACCAGCAAGGAUGCCAUGAGUCCCCACGUGCACAAGCCUUGUUCUGUUAACAACCUGACAGCAAAGUGCCUUGCAGCAGUCCAUGUUUAUGGCAUGAGCUGCUGUGGGCAAGGGUUUGUGUGGACCACGAUAAUAUAUCAAGGGUGUGAUCACAGAGACAAAGGAGGAGCUGCAAUGCAUUGUAAUGGUGGUGAGGAGGAAAAUAUUUUGUCCUUCCCUUUCUGUCCCUGUCCCUUCCUUCCCACCUGCCCAUUUGCCUCCUCUGCCCUCUUCCCCUUCCCAACUCUCUGCUAACUUUCCUCUCACCUCCUUUACCUUCUCCACUGAGCUCAGGGCAAAGGUUGGCUGAAUAGGGGGAGACUGAUGAAAAUGAAGUUAUCAUUAACUGAAGAUCAUUAAAUUAAUUAAACUGAGGAUCAUUACUUAUCAUUAUCUGGUGUAUAUGAGUUAUGUUGCCGAAAGGGCACUCAGUGGGAAGGUAUCGGCAGGCUUGGGGAUAUUCCAAAGUUAGAAGUAAAAAAAAAAAAAAAAGUAUUCAGGAAGAAACGGGGGGGGGGGGGGUCCCCAGCCCAAUGAGGACUAAGCAUGUUCAGUGGGCAGCAAAUACCAAUUGACUGGGGAAUGUGGGUGGUUGAAAUGUAGUACAGCAUUGUGAAAGAGGAUAUGACUGGCUGGCUAGAACUCUUAAAGAGGAGUGAUCCACAUUACAACAUUUGUUUCCUAUCCGUUAGGAGAACCAAUUUUGAAACAGGGAAGUGUCUUCCUUGAUGCUGGCAAUAAGUUCCAGGAGUCUUGGCUCCAAGUUUAUCACAACCAGAUUCCAUAUAGGACUGGCUUCUGUGUUAUGACUUAUGCAGAAGGGAGAAUCUCUAGCAAGUGAUCCUUUUUUUUCGUGGUGGUGGUGGUUCUACUGCCAGUUUUUCCUCCCACAUAGCUAUUUAGUGGCUGAAGAGUCUUGUUUUGUAAGAAGUGGCAACUGGAUACGCUUUCUCUGGAAUUCCCUAGCCGAACUGGAGUGCCACGGACUACAGGAAGGAAUGCUUUGCCUGCCCUUGUCCCUGCUUAGUUUUGGUGCAGGGAAAGAGGUUGUGCAUUUCAUGACUAUUUCCUUCAUCUAGGGUUGCCAUAUUUCAAAAAGUAAAAUUCCUGACACUCGCCAAGUUGUUGAACUUUUCUUAGGAAGACCCCAAAAUUCCUGACAUAUGGCAAGCCUAACUUCACCUUUCUUAGCUUUGGGGGCAGUGGGAAGCGGUAUAUUUUUUGUUGCUUUUCCAUCUACCAUCCUCCAGACACAGAUUCGGGGAAUGCUUUCCUUUCUGUUUCUUUCUACCAAUGCUAGAUCCCAAGUAAGGAAGAAGGGAGGCAUUCAAGCUUGGGGAAAACUUCCUGGUUUUCAGCAGAAGGUGGAUUUGCACAGUGCUGGUUGUCUGGCCCAUAUGUCAGUCACAAAACCACCUCCGCUAGUAAAUUAUUUGAGUUGAUAAACAUGCAGAGUGCUUUUGCAAAUAAAAACAAGGUGCCCUACCCAUUUGAGCCAUGGAAGUGGGCACAAACAGGAAGAAACACUCAGAAUUCAGAAUGGAGGCUGUUCAUUUGUCAUUAAAGAAGCAACAGAGGGAAGGGAGUCACUUCACUCAGAAAAGCCCACACCACUUCCUGUUUCAGAUACAUAUGUAUGCACAUUGAGAUGCACUCCCCCCCCCCAUCCUUGGCCCCCUCAGUUGUGUGUGCCUCACAGUUUGGUUUCUUAGAAACAAAACGCAACACUGGGUGUUGCAAGUUGGAAUUAUGCUUUUUGAACGGGAGGUGACUCGAGUAGAGAGUAGGGACCAUCCCAUAUUCCAAAGGUAUCCCCGAGUGCAUUUCUUACCUUUCCCUAGUGUCAUAUUACAGAAAGCAAAAUAGUUGCAAUUUGGGAUAUCUUGGAAGCCUCAGUAAAGCCUGCCUUCCAUCCCUGACACUGGGUGGCCUGGUCUUUGCUGGCAGGGAUAAUCCUGUGCACUCCAUCUCCAUGCCAGGUCUUUUCAAUACUUAAACUCUAUAUGUACAUAUUCCUUGCAUAUCUUGAUGACAGACCUUCCAUUUUACUUAAUAUAAACAAUGAGAGCACUAGGCAAGCCUGUAGGGAGAGAGCAUCCCAUAAUUAGGGCACUGUCAGGUACUUCUUGUGUGCAGGUGGACCCAGAGUCAGGUAAGUGACAUUGCAGGCUCUGGUGGGAGUCAAUUUAGUAGGCCAGGUUGAUGCAAAUACAGUCAUACCUCAGCUCCCAAACACCUUGGAAGUCGAAUGUUCCAGCUCCUGAACGAUCAAAAACCGGAAGUGAGUGUUGUGGUUUUUGAACUUUCUUUUGGAAGCCGAACGUCCGACGGGGCUUCUGUGGCUUCUGAUUGGCUGCAGAAGCUUCCUGCAGCCAAUCAGAAGCCACGUUUUGGAAGUCAAACGGACUUCCGGAACUGAUUCUGUCCGACUUCUGCAGUAUGACUGUAUUGGGAUUGUGGGAUCUAUAUACCAUGGGAGGCAUGAUGUUUGAGUUCAAGGAAUCUUGGACUGCAUUAUGUCAUCUUUGUAAACAACUCUCUGGCAGCUUCUUGCUGGACCCUCUUUCCAUCUUCUGUGGCCUGAGAUGAAGAAGAAGUAUCUUGCACUCUAAAGCGUAAAACAUUUAUGCUAUAUGCUUUUGUGAGCUCCAGUUCACUUCAUCAGACGCUUGAAGUGUUAUAUUGAGUUACAGGUGUAUAUACAUAUAUGAUUUAGGGGAAUUCUAUACAGGGAGGUGAGAUGGAAAUGAAAUGUAGAAAAAUACAGGCAGUGACUUAGCCGCUACCUGAGAAGAAAUGGACAAAGAGCACUUUGUUCUUUCUUCUUGCUACAAUAGAAAUGGCUACCUCUCUCCAAAUCCUCUAGAACAGAGUAGUGCAGUAGUGCAGUAGUGCAGUUAAACAAAGGUUGAUAUUUUUAAAAAUUGCUAGGUAGCUACGUUUUUGCUUUUUCUUCUGCAUCUUGGUUAUUGUAGAUUACCACUGAUGUGCCAGCUUUAAAAUUUUAUUGCUUUUGGCAAUUUGGUUAAGCAGGAGUUCUCCCCCUCACCCAGUCUAUCUGCCUUGGUGGUUUGUUUUCUUUUUCCUAACUACUGAACUCUCUGAUUUGCUUUUAAACGGUUCGCGUCCUGCUCUUGGUGCAUACAUGAGCCUUUGUAGUUAGGAAAUUCCCUGCUAGAUUGCUUGCUUCAGCUGGGGACAUAGAAACCCAAAGUAUCAUUCUGUAAUUUUUUCAAACUUCAUGUCAGCUUCAACUAUCAGCAAAUGUACUGCAACAUCCAACGUAGCUGCCCUUCUGAGUACCUAGCUGGAGAAAUGCAGACUCUGGAGGCAUGAAAGAAACAGAUAACUACCCCCCUAUUAUGAAGGAGGGAGCGUGCCUGAAAAUGUAUUUGUUUAUUUGUUGUGUGGGGGUUUUCUUAGACCUUCUGUGUCAUUGCUUGGAAAUUCAAAGUUAGAGUACUCGCCUUAUCUUCUGUGCCGUGUAAAUAGCGAACAUAUUCUACAGUCUCACAUACAGUGUUGUGCUUUCACCCACUUCCCUUUGGUCUUUCAGCCCCAAUCCUUUUCUUCUUCUUCUGCAGAUUGGGGCAGCAGUGGAGAUGGGCUCAGUGGUAUGUCCGUGUUUGGAAGCGCUAAACUUUUAAUUCUGACUGCCAGCCUCUGUGCUCUAAAGCUUAAGGAAAUAUUUGCAAAUCUUAUGCAUGUUUAACCCAAAGUAAAAGCAACAAGUGGAGCUUAACCUUCCCCUUUUGCUUGCUGGCUUGUGUGCCUUCUCGUGAUACAGAUAUUUGUCCCAAAUAGCCUCCUUCACCCAAUUUUAGGUCCCUCUCCACGUGUUCUUCAUCUCCCUUGUGACCCCACCCCUCCCAUUUGCAGUCGUCCACUGCUAACAUGUACCAAACAUGUACCAUUCAGUGGCCCAGAACUCUGGUGGUGUGCUCUGCAACAGGGCAUAAGCUGUUGUUCUGCAAGAAACAUGGGCACGGGCUGCUUCCCUUGCAUUGUGGCAUGCCGUGUCAGGAAUAGGCAUGUGAACUAAUUGGGGUCUCUGGCAUGAUAUGUGUAUGUUAGACUUAUUUUGCUGACCCAUACUUAUUUUUCCCACUCUGGGUCUCUCUUGUGGCUGUUGCUGCACUCAGGUUGGCAGCAGCCCACAUUCUCCUUUCUCUGAUUGCCACUAGAGCCUCCUGCCCCAUCAUCCCAUUGGAUCCUGAGAUAUGGCUAUGCUUUUUGUUCUCUUUCUGGGAAGAGAAGCCUUAGUCUGCCAGGUGGGCAUUUCUUUGCCUGCAGAUUGCCCUGGGGACUGACCAGUGGUGAUUCGUUAGGAGACUCUUCUGUCAUCCUGGUGUCUUGUGUCAUAUCCACCCCACCCCAUGCUGUGACACGCAGCCCAUCACAACUAACACAGACAAUUUCCUGGAACUCAAAUGAAUACUUAUAAGGAAUGCAGGUGGUUUUGUGCAGUUUAGUGGCCAUGGCCCCCAUGGUAUCAUGAGCUUUGGUGUUCCCUUGAGCUGCAGAGGAAAAGACUGGGGCUGAAAAACCAAAGGAAAGUGUGGGUGCAUGGAAGAUAAGUCAUGAGCUAGCACAAUAAGUGUGAGAGUGGGACAUAUUUACAGCUUACGUGGCGCAGAAGUUAAGGUGGGCACCUUAACUUAGAAUUUCUGUGUGUUUUGAUGCAUGAGUGAAUUUGUAAACAUUUCAACUUUUCUUUUCAAACCAGAGGUUUCUCAAUCCUGGAAAAUUAAUUAAUAGUCUGACUGCUUAGGUGUGACAUUGAUAAUAUUCAACGGUGCGUCUUCUGGAAUGAAGAUUGAUCAGUGGAACCUAUUGUGGUAUUGCCACUUAAAAAUAUGAAAGAAUUCAUUUACACAUUUUAAAUAUAAAGCAUUUUUAAUACAUUUCUUAAAUACAAGGUUUGCUUUGGCUCUCUUUUGUCAGUGUCUUAAAGAAUGCCAAUGUGAACACUGAACACUGACAGGCAAGGUAUAUAUUUAAAACAGCCAACCGUGAGUUCAGCUACAUUCAGCAAAUCUCAGCAAAAGUUGGUGCGUUUGGAUUAAACCUUCCCCCCCCAUCUUUCCUUGAGAACAAUAAACCUCAUGAGUUUCUGUAGAGCUGUCUGCAUCUUAAGGCAGACAUUACAGGGAGAAGUGUGGCGGUCUUUUGUUUUGGUGCCCAUACUUAGCUUUUGUUUAACUGCAACUAGUGUACACGCAGUCUUUAGAAAUGGAUUCUCGUUUGGAAGCAAGUCAGUACUUCCACCCCUGCAAUUUUGUUCUUUUCUGCUAUUGCAUCCUACCCUUGGAGAAUACUUCAAGUUUUAAAGACUGCUUGCCUGGUAGAACUUGGUGCUUUUGAAUACCUGGUGGCAGCAGGCUCAGUUUAACUACUGCAGUACAAAACAGACAUGUAUUUCUUGAGCCAUUUUGUUCCCCUGCCAAGGUAUUCUUUUGUGCUCACAGUCCACAGCCACCCACGCCUCAAAGCUAGCCAGACCCAUAUCUCAUUUAACUUCCAAGCAAGGCUGCAGGCAGAUAUUACCUUCAACAGGGGUGCUGCACAAGCAGAGGCUGUUUCCCUAAAAUAAAAAGUAAAACAGGUUGAGCAAACAAAAAUAAUAAUAUUUUUUUUAAAAAAACCUCUUCCAAAUCACUGACAAACCAUUUACUGGGUGAGAAGCCUCUCUGGGAGAGUUCUUGUCUGGAAGGUGACAACCGGCAGGCCCAGCAUGAACAAAGCUCUCCAGCAGAGACAAAGCCUGGGAAACUAAACUGCUCGUUGAAUUUAUAUCUGUCCACUUCCCUAGAAAAUUCAUCUUUAAAGCACACAUUCCUGAAGUAAGCAGGGGAUUAAGAAAUUUGUUUAGUUAUCAACGCAAGCUACGUUUAAAGCCCAACUCUCAAGUCAUCCUGUCUUGUGACUGUCGAAGGAGGGCAUAAACCCUUUAUGCACGAUUAGCCAGCUUCUUUAUAGGUCUGGAAUCUCAGUAGCAGCAAAACUCAGAAUAAAGUCGCUUCCCCAAAGCAGAAGCUUACCUGAACAGCCAACACCCCUGAAGUGAUGCUUAUCCAAACCCAGUCUAACCAAUGUGCAGACUACUGUACACCUUUAUAGCUUCCUGAACAGGUAGUCUGAACACUGGGCAGGCGGGGCUGGAAUCCAGAAGCUUCUCUUCCAUGUAAUCCCGUUUUGUUCUCCUUUUGUAGGGUUUGUUAAGUAGAGCAGUUCCAGGGGAAAAAACCUACUUUGUCUCCUCUGACGUGGCAAAGUCUGCGGCUGAAUCCAGUCUGGAAAAUGGUUGGGGCUGUUCAGGAAAUCAUAGAGGGGGGGCGGGUGUGAGGUUUGUGGCCUCUGUAUAAAGGAAAACGUCACUUUUGGGAUUCUGCGUGUGCAUGGAGGGAGGGAGGCAGGCAGGCAGGCAGGCAGCAUCUGGAGCUAUAAACAAUUCCAGAUGUGGGGUUUUUGCAGAGAGGCUGCUCUGUGUGACUCAUAUGGGGGCCCCUCACCAGUGCUAGCCUGCAACUUGUUAAAGAAAGCAGGGUUCUACAGCAAAAAGAUUGAGGGAGCCUGCUUUUUGCUUUUUCAAGUCUUCCUUCCCAAAGUCCUGUAUGGUGGAUGUGGGGUUGCAAUAGAUUUCCACUGGCAAAGCCCUGUCCUUUUUCUAGUAAAUGUUUGAACUACAGAACUCUAACAUUUAUACACUCAAAACAAGCAAGAACUGAUUGCAGUAAGUGGCAGUAGCAAGAGCCUUAUAAAAAAGAGACUAGCUCUGACUUUUAAAUAACAUCUCUAAUGUUAUUUAAUGAUGGAAUGAAGCAUGCUGGGUUAACAUACUUGUGGAUGGAAUCCCUUAUUAAGGGUUUAUAUGAGCACAGUGUGUGAACUUUGAACCAGACUCUUUAGGCCUCAAUUAGAAGCUUGAAGCCUGGUGUGGGCAUGCCAAAUCUAAAACAGUUUACAUUUAAUCAUCAUUUUGGAUGUCAGCAAAUAUUGUAAGAUCAGAUUUUCUUACUGGACUAUUGAAUGCCAGAACAAACCAACAUGUAUGACGUUUUGGGCUUUUCACCCUUCUUUAUCCUCAUAGGAAAAGGAGAAGAAAUACAUGCUCCCUCUGGACAACCUAAAAAUUAGAGAUGUGGAAAAAGGCUUCAUGUCCAACAAGCACGUCUUUGGUAUCUUUAACACAGAACAAAGGUAAGAGAAGUAUGUCUCAGUGCUUUCUGAUUCAUGAGAAGCCAUUUUAGGACCUUAGACUGAAUUCAAAUCUGGUAAAAUUGCUGUGCUGAUCUGUCCUAAACCCCUAGCCUGCCUGGCCGCAAGUCAGUAUGUCAAGUCUGAAGUUCAAUCCAUGCAAGGAAAGUCUGAGGUCCAAAGGUUAAGAAACACAGUCCAGGGUCAAUCCAAGUAGGCCAAGUCUGAAGUCCAGCAGUCAAGAUACAGUCCAGGGUCAAACCCAAAGCUCGGUUCAGGAGCAUCCAAGCCAAGGUCUACCAAAAUAGGCAGUUGAGCAGACACAGCACCUCAGUUCUGCUUCCCUUUUGUUCUUUGCAUGCUGAUUGCAGCUUGAUGAGGCAUGUGAUCCUCACCUGUUCUAAGCCUUCUCCAGCUGAGGAAUCACACACCUCCUCCCAGAGCUAGCGAGCCUCACCUGGCCAGCUAGUGAGCUGGGCUGUGAGCCCUUGGCUGCCUCAGCCUUCUAGAGUGCCCCUCCUACUGCUCCCUAUGCCUCAGAGCCCGUCAUGUUCAGGGAAACAGGGGUCCCUCUGACUCUGGUAAUGGGUCCUGCUGCUCUGGUUUCUGUGCACUGACCCCCAUCCCCUUGCCAUCCUUCGUCACUCUAUGAGUACUUUCUUCCCCAUCCCCUGCUUGCCCUGGUGUGUCGCAGUCCUAGCUACACCCCUCACUGGGAUCCUCUUCCUCCUCCCCAUCAUCUUGCCAGUUCAUGACAUGAUCUCACAGAAGGAGAGAGACUUUGUAUGUUUCUUAAAACACUCUCUCUCUCUCUGACACACAUGAGAAGUGUGCUGCGUGUUCUGUCCAGGCUUAGCAAGUCCUGAGGUCACAUGUACACCAGAGGUUGAUGGUACUUGGAUGAAUUGCUUGUUACACACGUCCUAUUCAGAAAGACUUAAUCUUGACACAGAAAGUAUUGACUGACACUUUCUGCACUGUUGUCAGUUAUCUUUAAUGUCUUUGCUCAUUGCCUGCUAAGUAUUCAAGCUUAAAGAGUUUGACUUUACUCUCCUGUUCACAUUAUGUGAUGGGGUUGGAGCUGCCUGAGCUAGGAUUUUUCAAGGGAGUGGAUCGCAGUGGAAAGACUUGGCUCUUUAAAAGACGAUAUUGUAAAGUAUCUUUCUUGUCUUGGCUCAGUAUGUAAUUCGCCAAAAAAUCUCCUUAAGAAAAGAUAUGGCAGGCAUCUCUUACUAGGUCCAGCAGAAAGGUAAACCAAGGGAGGUGAGGAGUAGCAAAAUGAUGAAGGUCUUGAGCACAGUUAGAGAAUCCUGGGCCCACAGACAACAAUAGGCCUGUUGGGCCUCCUAAUUUGACCGGCAAGGCUGUUUCUUCCUAGGCACACCCACCUGCCACUCACCUGGUGUCACGUGUGGGAUAGUAAAGUCAUGCUUGCAAAGGAAUAGGCAGUCUUAGAAUGCCCUCUUGAGUGUUCUGUUUUCAAGCACAGCAUGCAUGUGGUGCUGCUGAAACUUGGUGCUGCCCACAGUUUUGGCCAGGGCUCAGAAUUGCAACUGUCAAAUGUCACUAGCAGAGGAUUGGCCACAAUUGCAUCUGGCCUGCUAGCCAAAGUGGUUCCCCAUGUCUGCUUCGGAGUGCAUGCCAAGGCAUUUAAGUGGAAGCCAAAAGCCAAUGGAAACCAUACUUCACUCAGUACAUGCAACUGUUAUGGGCACCAUUUGGCUAAGUAGAGUAGCACUCUAUUCCAUCUGUUUGGUCUUCCUACAGUCUCACAUUCUACUGUGGCAAUAGAGAUUAGAACUUCAAAGUACUUAGAAAAUAAAGGAAUAUAUAUAUAACACCUUCCUAUUACAAGAUUCCUGUUGCUUGAUGUGGACUUUCUUUCACUAACCCAAUGACAUUUGUUCUUCUUCCACUCCUCUCUUUUCUCCUGCUCCCCUAAACUAGGAAUGUGUACAAAGACCUGCGUCAGAUUGAGCUUGCGUGUGACUCCCAGGAAGACGUGGACAGCUGGAAGGCCUCCUUCCUCCGUGCUGGUGUUUACCCUGAGAAAGACCAAGUAAACAUUUUUUUCCCUCAGUCCUUCAGCAGGAAGAGGGGGGUGGGUGGGUGUGCUGAAGGCCCAGUAGUGGUACUGUUGUACCAAGGAUCUCCUAGCAGCUGCUGUUGCCUCUGGCUGGGAGCUGCUCUUGCCAAUUAGAGGUUCCAUCAAGUUGGGCACCGUACCUUUGACUGGGGGUAGUUUGCUGUCCAAAAUCUUGGUAGGAUUUCCUUAGAAAGAGAGAAAGUUUGUAGAAACUUCAGCUGUCUUCCACCCAUACCCACCUCCUGAAGUUGUGUGGAUAAGGCAGUGCCAUUCUAGAUGUGGAAAGUAGUAUCUAUGUAAGAGCUGUGAAGGAUUCAAGAGGAUGAGCCCAAAACCCAAUGAACAAAGCAGGAAUCCCUUUGUGCUUCUCCCAAAGCUAUACAGGAAACGGUCAUCUCCAAAGACUUGUGAGGGAAGCUGGGCAUGCUCAGCCUAGGAAGAGAAAGCUGAGGCAAAGCACAAAUCUUGAGGUUCUGGGUCAGGUGUGCAAGAGGCUGCUGUGAUUUUAGCUGUAUCAGCAAGAGCAAACCAUAAUAGUAUACAGUGCAAGAAUUAAACCCAAUAAUAAGGAAAUAAUUGUUCAUUGCCAGCGGAGGGUAGGGAGAGAACACUUCAAAUUCUCAUUAAAAUGCCAGUCAGCUCAUAAGCACUGCAGAUCUGGGUUAGUCCAAACUAAACCCAUGCUAUGAUUGCUGGAAUAUUUGGGAAAGCAGAGAUCAAAUAAUGAACUGGUACUCUCCCUGUGCUGAUUCUUCCAUAGGUCACCUAAUGCUAUCCAAUUUUCUUCUGUGCAGGUGGAGAAUGAAGAGGGAUCCCAGGAAAACACCUUUUCCAUGGAUCCUCAGCUGGAGCGCCAAGUGGAAACUAUCCGCAAUCUUGUUGAUUCAUAUGUUGGGAUCAUCAACAAGUCGAUCCGGGAUCUUAUGCCAAAGACAAUAAUGCACCUAAUGAUAAACAAUGUGAGUGGUAGUUGGAUAUUUAUUUGUUUAUUGUCAGGGGCUAAGCAGACAUUGUUCCACCACUCUGCUGAUGCACCAUUAUUAUUAUUAUUUUUAUUUUAUUUUAUUUUAUUUUAUUUUAUUUUAUUUUAUUUUAUUUUGCAAACUUAAAGAAUGUAAGGGGAAGAAGAAUUGUUUAAAAAAUAAAAUUAUAAAUAUAAAGUAAAAAUAAUACUGAUAGUAACACAAAAACACCAUCAGGUGACAUAAUGGAUAAAUUUGCCAGCAGUGCAUGCAUCUUAAGUUAAACAUAUAAAUUAAUAUAAGCCCUCUAGAUGUCCAAAAUAGGUAUCCACAUAAUAUUGACAUCUAUAUGAAAUAUCUUCGUAUAGAUGUCAAUUUUAUGUGGAUACCUAUGGUCAGUGUAGUGAGGUCCUCAGACCAUUGUGUAAUAAACGGUGGGAAUUUAUCCUUCCAGGCUGAAUCUUAACUCUCUUAGCAAACAUUAGGGCAGGCAUAGGCAAACUCCAGCCCUCCAGAUGUUUGGGACUACAAUCCCCAUAAUCCCUAGCUAACAGGACCAGUGGUCAGGGAUGAUGGGAAUUGUAGUCCCAAACAUCUGGAGGGCCGGAGUUUGCCUAUGCCUGCAUUAGGGCUUUCAAAGUCCACUUGCCCUGCUGUUAAUCCCCAUGCUAUAACACUUUAAGAAGCUGUUCUCGGCAGUAUACCUCCAACAUCUGUCAAUAUUAGACAAUGCUUUCCCAUAAAAACAUUGUGGAGUCCAGUACAGCAGUGGCAGAGGCAAGAGUGUCUCCCCCCCCCACACACUGCAGGUAAAACUCAUGACCAGGGUUAAGAAACUAGUCUGGCUCAUGGUCUUACUCCAGCCUGAAUAUACCAUUUCCAGCCCCGUCACAUUUGGACAGUGUCACCUCUUCUUUGUGCUUUCCUUCCACUACCCUCACAGACCAAGGAUUUCAUCCACUCGGAGCUGCUGGCCUACCUGUACUCCUCCGCAGACCAAAACAGCUUGAUGGAGGAGUCUGCAGACCAGGCGCAGCGCAGGGACGACAUGCUGCGAAUGUACCACGCCCUGAAGGAGGCCUUGAACAUAAUUGGAGACAUUAGUACCAGCACCAUUUCCACACCGGUUCCUCCUCCUGUGGAUGACACAUGGCUGCAGUCAGGAAGUAGUGGGCAUAGGUGAGUUGGGGUGGUGGGUUAUCUGCUUCUGGUGUGCUUUAUUUUUUUGUUAGGCACAUGGGAUGGAAGCAUAGAAACCAGCAAGGCCAGAAGUUUCAAGUGACCUACUGCCAGAACUCCAGGAAGAGCCCAAGCACCUGUAUUUGGCCCACCUACGAUGUGAUUUCAAUACUUAACGACAAACUUGAACCUUGAUCUAUGCUUGUUGGUAGCCUUAAAUCUUCAGUUGUCAUUCUGCAGGGUCUUCAUAUAACAUUGUUUGGUUCUGGGGUUGGUUGUACAAAAUAACUCUUGUACAGAACGUGAAGCAGACAGUUCAUACUUUAGCGUAUGGGGUUUGGGGUUGAACCUGAUUGCAUUGGCUUCACUUUGCUGUCUUGAACGACACUAACUUACCUUCCCUGUCCUGGUGGUUUCUUUUUCUCUCUUUGGCAGCCCAACACCACAGCGCAGGCCUGCUUCGACUGUGUUGCCACCAGGGAGACCGCCAGCGGUGAGGGGCCCUAUGCCAGGCCCCCCCUUGAUCCCAAUGCCAGCCGCAGGCCCUUCCUCUUUUGUGGCACCGCCCAUUCCGUCACGCCCUGGACCGCAAGGUGCAUUUGUUGCUAAUAAUGACCCUUUCUCAGCUCCUCCUCUGAUUCCUUCACGACCAGCACGUGUUCCACCCGGCAUCCCUCCAGGUGUGCCCAGGUAAGGCAUCCUUCAGGUUCUCCUCUCUUUGCUGCUAGAGCAGAUACUAUAGCAGCAGCUCUAGAGCUGGGAUGAUGAACCUGUUGCUGCCCAGUUGUUGGGCUCUAGAUCCCAUCAUCCCUGAUCAUUGCCAUGAAGGCAGGGACUGAUGGGAACCGGAGUCCAGCAGCGUCUGGACUCUAGAGCUUAUGAGUCUUAAUUUCUUUAACCCUGUAUAACAAUUUCUCUAUUAUCAAAUUGAAUGGGAGAAUUCAGACCUGAAAACUGGAACAUGGACCAUGCAAUACGUUAGCGUGGUACAAGUGCCUUAAAACAACUGCCUUAGAACAAAGGAAAUCUAUGAAAGCACGAUCAGGUGUAACCUUUCCCUUCAGGGCCAAAGAGCUGCUUCUGCAUUUUUCUCUCACCUUUUUUAUUAUAUGCUUUAUUGAGUUUAAAAAGAAGUAACAAACAGAAGGGUUAUCCAGAAUAGAGAAAUAAAAAUGGUAAUAUUUGUUACAUCACAUCACCUUACGUUCUUCUUGAGUUUCUAGCAACUUCCCAUCACCCCAUUAUGUAUCUACCACUUACUCUAUCUAGCACACUGUUUAUUUUUGUUUCCUUUUGUUAAAUUUCAUCAGUAUAAUAUUCUCUUAAAAUUAUCCAUCAUACUACAGAAGUCAUUCUAGACCUGCCACUGGCAUCAUGUUAUUACAGUAAUCCUUGAUAUAUUUUUUAUACAUGUCCCAUUUCCUAGUAAAUGUUUGUUCAGUAUGACCUCUCAGUUUUUCUGUCAUUUUUGCCAGCUCGGCGUAUUCCAACAGUUUACUUUGCCACUCCAGCUUUGACGAAUUUUCUAUCCUUUCCAAUUCAUAAUGAUUAAUAUUCUUGCAGCUACCGUGGCAUACAAGAAUAUAUCUCUUGCAUUUUUAGGGAUGUCUGAGCCUAGUAUCCCCAGGAGGAAAGCCUCCAGGUUUUUUUUAUGAAAAAUCAUUCUUUUGAGCUCAUCAUAAAUUACCUCCCCAAAUUCCUUUAUUCUCUUACAUGUCCCUCACAUAGGUAACAUUGAGCCUUCCACUUCCCCACAUCUCCAGCAUUUACUUGACAUGUCCUUAUACAUUUUAGAUAGUUUUAGUGGUGUCAAAUACCAGCGGAAUUGCAUCUUCAUAAAAUUAUUUUUCAAGGUGUAGCAUGCGGUGGUUUCAUGUUAACCUUCCAUAGAUUUUCCCAGGCACUCAUUGGGAUGCUAUAGCCAAAAACUUGGGCCCACUUGACCAUUACAGAUUUUACCUCCUCCUCCAUGAGGAGAGAGUUUUCACUUUAGAGUUAAUCAGUUCUUUUUCUAAUCUGGAGGGUUCUGUCGCAAAGCCAUUCCUUUUGUCUAAUUUGAAGUUUUUUAGUUUCAACUGGUUUUCUUCCUCUUUUAAUAAUACUUUGUAUAUUGGCCAAUUCCCUUUCAUAUUUUUUUCUUCACUGCUAAUGCUUCAAAGGGAGAUAUCCACCACGGAGUUCGAUCUUUGUAUUUUGCCCAAACCUUUGCCCAGAUCUUUGUAUUUUGCCCAAACCAUGUAGAGAAAUUUCCAUAUAAUAUGAUUUAAUUUUUUUGUUGAUCUUAACUUUAUCAUAACCUACGUAGGCAUGCCAGCCAUACCAGUUGUCAUGUCCUUCCAGGCCUAGAAGGCCUGUGUGCUGUAGUAUACACCAUUCCCUGAUCCAGGAGAGAUAGGCUGCCUUGUAAUAUAAUUUCAAAAUCUGGCAGGGGAAAUCCCCCUCUUUCUUUGAUAUCAAUUAACAGUUUAUGUGUAAUCCUGGGCUUUUCCCCCUGCCAAAUAUGUAGAGAUGUCUUCAUUGCAAGUUUUUGAGGCAGCCUGUCACUCCAAUCCCAGGGAUUGUCUGAAAUAGGAAAAGCAUUUUUGGUAAGACAUUCAUUUUAAUGGUGGAUAUUCUCCCCCCAAAAGAUAAAUUUAAUCUGCUCCAUAUUUUUAAAUUUCUUUUAAUUUCAAUCCAGGUUUUAGCAUAAUUAUCUUAGAAUAAAUUGAUGUUUUUUGGCGUAAUCCAUAUUAUUGACCAAGAGCUUUGUUUUGGAACGGUUUAAUUUGAAUCCCACUACCUGCCCAAAGUUCUUAUUUAUUUCUAAUACCUUUAAUAAACUUCCUUUUGUAUUCUCUGUCAUAAUAAUAAGAUCAUCGGCAAACGCCUUUCGUUUAUAAGCUUUCUCUCCUAGUGUUAUUUCUUUUAUGUUUUUGUCUUCCCUUAUUUUUUUAUUCAACAGUUCCAUUACCAAAAUUAAUAUUAGCGGGGAUAGCGGACAUCCUUGCCUUGUCCCUUUUCUUAUUACACAAUCUUCUGUAAUGUUGCCAUUGAUGAUGAUCUUGGCCCAUUGAUCAGAGUAUAUAGCCUCUAUUCCUUUACAAAACUGUUCACCGAACUCCAUUUGUUGCAUCAUUCUUUUCAUAAAUCUCCACGAGAUGUUGUCAAAGGCUUUCUCUGCAUCCACCAGCAUUAUUACUGCUGGUUUGUCAAUUCUGAUUUCUAAAUAUUCCAACACGUUAAUGAUAUUUCUGAUGUUAUUUUGCACUAGGCGUCCAGGGAGAAAGCCGGCCUGGUCCUCGUGAAUGAUGUCUUUAAGAAUCGUCUUUAAUCUUUUUGAAAGUAUGUCGGCAAAUAAUUUAUAAUCAUUAUUUAAAAGGGAUAUUGGCCGAUAAUUUGAAACAAUUGUUAAAUCAGUUCCCUGCUUGGGAAUUAAGGUUAUAAAGCUUUCUGUCCAUGAUUCCGGUAGUUUCCCAGUCUUUACUAUGUCAUUCAUUGUGUCCUUCAGUGGUUCAAAUAGCGGCUAUUCUAGCUUUUUAUAAUAAUUUGCGGAUAGGCCAUCCAGGUCCGGGGCCUUCCCUGAUUUUGCUUUAUUGAUUGCCUGUUGAACUUCCAGUGCAGAAAUAGGAGAAUGUAAGAGACUGAGUCUCUCCUUUGAGAUCUUUGAUAAAUUGUUCUGCCCUAAGUAUUCUUCGAUUUUAUCAUGAUUUUCUGUUCCUUCCCUGUAUAGUUCUCCAUAAAAAAUUACAAAGCUUCUAUUAAUUUCCUUUGGGUCGUCAGUUAUCUUUUCUCCAAUUUUAAUUUUAUUUGUUAUCCUGUCAUUCUGGUUGUUUUUAACUGCCAAGCUAAGAGUUUGCCAGGUUUAUUUGCAAAUUCAAAGUUUCUAUGUUUUCAUAUCUUAAUUUUUCAUUCAAUCUCUUGGUUAAUAAUCAUUGAAAAUUGUGUCUGGUGCAUUUUAAUAUUCUCUGGUUUCACCUCAGAUCAUAUAAAUCUUUCACCCUUUUUUCCUCUCCUUUGGUGCUCAAGAGUCGCCAUGUUUCUUGAAACUGCAUAUUCUUCCUUGAGUGGAAUUUCUUUUCUUUCACUGUUGCAGGCUUUGCAGAGGAGGAAGCAUUCUCCAUUUCGAAGCUCGUAUGAGAUUUAGUGGAGUGUAUUAUGGGAAUAUGUCUAGUUUUGAAUUAGAGACUCAAGACAGCAGUGCUAGCAAGCAGACUGGUUUCUGUAGCCAGUGCUGUGUUUAUUUCUCAAAACAACAGAAAAGAAGCAGAAUUUAGCUGCUUGAGAAUUUCAAGUUUCAUCUUGAAACUGCUAGCUCUUACGACUUCAGAGAUGUGUGUGUGUGUGUGUGUGUGUAAAAAAUAAAGAGGAAAGAAGGAGGAAAGCCUUGUAGCCACCUGUGUAGCCAGCCACCUCCACAAAUUUAUCAGAAGCAGGAUAAACUAAUCUACACACUUUGCAGAAGUUAGUGUUUCUUGUUGCAGAAUUUGGUUUAUCUUCACACAGGAUUUUUAAAUAUAGAAAUAGAUUACACCCUGAACAUUUUAUUAUAUCAGUAUAUUGGGCAGUCUCAACAUCAUAUGGUGUUGGGGGGGGGGGCAGGGACAGACAGAAUACAGUGCCCUGGUACUAGUCAUUGUGUUAUUGAGCUGGCUUGCACUCUGAAGGAGCUGUACAAUCCAGUCUCUCGCAUACCCUGCAUAAUGUUCACCCAGAACCACACCUACAGAGUCAAGCAAAUUGGAUUUUGGUGUCCAUCCAAGUCACCCCUACUAGUCAUACCAAAGGCAGACUUUUUUUUCCAGACAGGUGAAAUAUUGGGAGGUUGAGUGGUUCUCCGCUAUCUAAAGAACAGUGAUAAAUGAUGGCUUCUACCACUUCUAUUUGUUGGCUAAAUGUGCCACAAAAUGUACUAUUUCUGGGCAUAGAAAUGCCCACUCCACUAUCCCACUUAAGCUGGGCAUGAGAGUUGUGGGCAUUAGCUUCACUUAACAAUAUUUCACAGUGAUGUCUGUCCAGUUCUUCCUUUUCCGGUAUUCAUUUCUCUCCAUCUGUUUUGUUCUCUCUACAGCAGAAGACCCCCUGCAGCACCGAACCGGCCCACGAUUAUCAGGCCUGCUGAGCCCUCCUUAUUAGAUUAACUACAACCACUACCAGGGAGAGCUGUUGCUUGUUAACUAUAUUGUGGAGAGAACUCAUGCCUAAUCUCUUGUGUAAAAGAGCUCUUUGCAAUUGUGAUGAACUGUAGCCAAGGCCCGUUUCCCGCUUCCUUCCUGUCUCCUUCCCUCCAGUAGCAGCCACCAUGGGAUGGGUGCUGUGGGUUGAUUACUUGUAAAUAGCUCUGAGAGGCCAAGCAUUCCUUGUAGUAGUUCCCUCUCUGUCCUUGGGUCUUGGCUGGGGAGGGAUUUGGUGACCUGAAUCUUCUCUGGAAAAUUGCAGGGGAGGGGUAGUUUCUUCACCCUCCUCUUGGUGGCCACACCAGACCCAUUCCACAUGGGAACAUGGAGUAUUCUGUUUUGUGGAGUUGUUUUGCACUUUGUUGAAAAUACAGAAAGGAUCCCCUAGUUGAGGGAUUGGCAAGGGAUUGCCUGUGAAUGUGUGAAAGUGGCGAGUUUGCAUUUCCACCAACACUUGUGCAUUCAACACGUAGAAUCUCCCUUCGCCAUUCACAUUAAUUGGGUUUGUCCAACUCCUCAACCUCCCCACCCGGCUAUGGAUUUAUUUGUAUUAUAAUAUAUAUAUAUAUAAUCUCCCCCCCCCCCCCCACUUUGAUUGCCUUUCCUUUCUCCCUAUAAAUUUCAAUGCAAGAUUUGAUCAGUUUAUUUCCAUUUUAUAACUUUGAAAGGGGUAAAAACCAAAACAAAAUGAUGGGACUGCAGAUAGCAAAUUGCUUAUAAAUUCAGUUCACUGAACUAGAGCAAGAUUUUGCCAAGCAGAAUAAUUGGAAAGAAGGUGGCACUGGGUUGCUUUUAAACCUCAGGUAUACAGUUGAUUUGAAUGCCCUGCCACUCUCUGCACAACCAGUGUUCAUGCUUAAACAGAGGCAGCUCAGCUGUAACCUAGAUAAGCAUGAUUGUUGGUCCCUCCUAUUUUACACCAGGAAGGCAUUCUUGUGGCAGGAGUCACUUGGAGCUGUAAUACCAACUGGCUGUUCCCCGACUGGCUAUGACCAUUUGUUACCUGCCCAGUCCAUAUGGAGAAGUGCGUGUGUGUGUGUACCAGGGUUUCGAAGUGUUUUAUCAGGAUUGUGAUCCUCUGCACGGAUUGUGGUCUCUGUUGGAAAGCCUUCCCCUCCCUAAUCAGAAGAGGGACUUUGUCCCGUGAAAGAAAUGCCCAGUGCUUGAGAUCAGCUGUCCUGCAGCUUACCUCUGUGCCUCUAGGCUGAGGCAGAUUCUUCAUGGCAAACUGUGUCCAUAAUCUUACGACACUUGUGCCACAAGGUCCCACAGAAGCUUCUGUUAGCAUCUGUGGUGUUUCGGAGUGGGGCGUUUGUGUGUUUGGGUUGGCUGCUCCACCUGUAGAGCCUUGGAGUUUGGAGUAACACUGGAGCCUUCUCAACAGCAGUAGUAAAGCACUCUGCCCUCCCUGGGCUGUGGUUGUAUAUAUUUCUUACGAAAGACAGACUGUAUUAAUACUUGUAUAAAUUCUAGAUUUUUUAAAAAGAGAAAUCAUCAGUUAAGCCCAGCCCUCAUUAUACAAGGCUAUCAGGGAUACCUCAGCCCUUCCUGAGAUAAGAUAAAAGGAACAGCCACACAUACACCACCUGCCUUAAAUGUUUCUUCCCUUUCUGCCUACCUGCAGCAGUAGUUCCUUGCUUCGUGUCCUGGAGGAUAUGACACUUCCAUAGACGGUGCUAAUUUUGUGCCUUUACUGCUUGAAUUACAUGCUGACUGCCCUAAUAACCAGUGUUGCCUUCCUAUAAAUGUCCCUCUACUUCCAACGUCACUAUCAUGGACUUUUGACCCUCUCUUGCAGUGCAUUUCAUAACCUCGUGCCACCUACUGCCCACUGGUCACUUCUCCGAAAGCUGGCAUUUGCUUGGUAGCAUGGACCUCUACUUUUAAUUCAUUGUGUUCAUAUUUGCUUCCUCUUGACUCUUCCUGUUACCAUGUGUGAAGGGGCUGUGGGACCUUCUCUCCCUCUUCUUUAGAUGGAAAAAAAAGAUCCCAACAGUUUGAGAUAAGUGCCUCCAUUAUGUAUCCUAUUAAUAAACUAAAAUAAAGGGAAAUUUUGCUGGUGGAAAAUCUCUGGCAGCCAGUGG